CGAGACCCGCCGUCGGGCGGGCGCGCGCACGUCGAGCGGCGUACGGCCCCCGUUUCCUUCGUCGCAGUCUCCUGACUAAGGUAGAGGCGAACCGAGGCAAAAUGGCGGACAGGUUCUCCCGCUUCAACGAGGACAGGGACUUCCAGGUAACCGAUGUCCGGCGGCGGCGGCGAGAGAGAGAGAGAGGGGAAGCCGGCUUUGGCCUCUUUGAAUCCCUCUUCUUCCUUGACUCCUCGGGAAGUGGCGAAGCCCCCCCCCCCAAUUUCCCCCUUAUUGCCCCCUCCCCCAGCUUAGGUUUGCUGAGGCCUCGCCCUAAUAGGGGGUCCUUCAUCUGCCCCCCCCCAAAAAAACUUGUUUGGAUGUUGAGAUAUGUGUGCGAAUCCUGCCCCUUUGGCUCUUCCCGAGUAUUCCCCUGCCCCCCGCCCGCCAUUCUCCCAGCCAGGUGCGGUGGGGCUGGCUGGUGUUUCCCCCUCUCCCCAGGCUGGUUUUCCUCCGAUCUGGGCCUCCUUCAAGGAUUUGGGUGGGAUGGCGAGAGAUGCGCUCCCUUGUGUUGCUGCUCCACCACCAGCAGCAAGGAAGGCGAGGCGACUCCCUGUUUUGCCGUUCCUAUCCGUUGCCAUAGGAGAUCCGGGGAAGAAAACAGGUCUUUGGGGGGGCUUCGAGGGAGGAUCAGCCACGUCUUACUCCGCCGCCUUCCCCUGACUUUUAAUAUCGGAGGUUAAUUUGAAAGUACCUAUUUUGUUCCCCGCCCCCCACUCUCCAGCCCUAGGAUUACCGAGUUUACGAUGCUCCCGUCCUUCCCCUCCUUGUCACUCUCCGAGGACAAAAAAAAGGGUGUCUAGAAUAAUGAGCGUCUUCAGGCAGUUACUGCUCUUUAUUGUGUAACUCCCUCCUGUAGAUAGGGAUAUGGUGUGUUUGUGUGUGUGUGGUGCCCUAGCUCAACUAUGGGAGUUUUGCUACCUUUCUGCUCACACAUAAGUUUCAUGUAAAUAUGAACAUCUGUUUUUUGUCUUUGGUGGGUGCUUUGGGUGUCUUGUCUAAGGGUCUCCUUUUUUAUUUUGAGGAGGUGAGAAUGGUAGUACAGAAAAUGAAACGUUGAGAUUGUGCGACACAUGAUAGAAAAAUAAGGCCCUGGCCAUAUUGACUGGUCAAGUGGGGGAGGUCAUAUCUCUUUACAUUAAGAGGACAACUCUCCUUUUUUUUUUUUUACCUGACUCUUGCUUUCUUGACACAGAGGAACAAUGAGGAUGGGGAAGCAAGCCCCAGCUGUCAGAGCUCUGUUCAAUACCAUCCCUGCCCUGCAGGUAUCUGGAUGAAGGAUUGCGUGCACCUCUUUUUAUUUUGGCUGUUGUUUAUUUUUUUUCUGGCUAGACGAUAAUUGAACAGGCAAUUUUGAGGUAUAAUUUCCUGUUGUAUCCACUGAAAUUGGAGAGAGUGAAGUUCUGUGAGAACUUCAGGAUUCUCCUUGUGAUUUUUGUCGCUCUCCUGCCUGCCCCAAAGGGGAAAGUGUGGGGACGGAGGGGUAGCUUAGAUUGUCAGUUACUGGACUUAACUGAGGAUACUACGUUUGGUAUGCAUUAGUAGUAGUGGCUGAUCUUUAGAUGGGUGUUCCAGAUGGUUAUGGUCACUGAGUCUCAUGGUGAUGGCCUAAUUUGAUAGGAAAAUCAUAAUUAUGCAUGUUGCAUAAUAUUAGACAGGUGUCUUGACAGAGGCCUUCCUUGCAAAUUACUUCUUGAUAGGCUGCAAAAGCUUAAAGUAAACACAAUCUGUUCCUUUGGAAAUAAACAUUCAUAUGCAAACUUACGUUGUCCAUUUGCACCGUUCAGAUUUCUGCCUCUUAAAACUAGUUGGCAUUUGCUAAGUUUGGGCAUCUUUGCUAUAGCAUACUAGCACUGUGGAAAAGCAUUGAAUAAUGCAUAAAUAUUGGGGUGGUGGCUUUCUGUUAUCUGGAUGAAAACAAACCCUUUUGCAGCCUCAAAAGUACUGCAUUACAGCUGCAUAUCCUGGUUAACAGAAAAUUUGGGUCAGCGGAUAGAUUCUGACUGAUGCACAAUAUUGUUGGUUUGUUUGUGUCUGUGUGUUUUUGUUUUGCUUUGUUAGAUUUCAGCUCCUUUUUUAGUGCCAUAUGAAAAUAGCAGUCAUUCCAGCAACCCGAUUAAGAGGGAUUUAGGGAUCUUCAAGGUAACUGGGACAGUGCAUGGAAAAUACAGUUUAGGAUAGAUAAUUGUGAAAUAAGAUGUCUGAUGGGGGCUGGCAUGCAAGGUCUGCCUAUGCAGAAGUCAUUUUUGAAGUCCUUUCUGCAGCAGUAGGAGCUUCUGAACUUGUUUUAGAUCUGAAGAAGCCAUGUUUAUCCUCAAGUUGAAUGGUCAUUUCUUUAACCCCCCUCCCCACCCCUCUUAUCUGUCCUCCAUAGGGGAGAUGCUGCACAGGAUUGUAGGAUGAUGGUAAGCUUUUUAAAGAAGUAGUUUCAAUUAAACAGUUAACUUUUGAAAACACCAUCAAGGUAUAGGGUUAGUUCUUGCUAGAGGCAAACAGAGGAACUUAUAAAGCACUUAAUUUGGAAAGUAACAGAAGGAUCGUGACUUGACAGGGUCCACAUAAUUAACUGCUGAUUAGAAAUUUGACUCUGGUCUUGUAGAUCCAGUAGUCUGAGGGAUUGCUCUCUUUGAAAUAUAGUAUAGUGAUGGAGUAGUAUACUUAAGGGGCUGUAUACUGGACUGGAGUAUACUGCAUCCUCAUAUUAAUCUUUUAGGUAGCUAUUUUGCCACUUCUGUGGUAUGAUGUAAUGGUCAAAUUGUCUUGGAAGUCCCCUAAAAAAAAAUUCUCUCUUGAAAUGCUCUACUUGAUGAGGCUGCAAUGUCCUCGUCAUUCUAGUUGGAGCUUAUUUACCCCAGGUUACUUCCAGUCAUAGGGAUGCGGGUGACGCUGUGGUCUAAACCACAGAGCCUAGGGCUUGCCGAUCAGAAGGUCGGCGGUUCGAAUCCCGUGACGGGGUGAGCUCCCGUUGCUCGGUCCCUGCUCCUGCCAACCUAGCAGUUCAAAAGCAUGUCAAAGUGCAAGUAGAUAAAUAGGUACCGCUGUGGUGGGAAAGUAAAAGGCGUUUCCGUGUGCUGCUCUGGUUCGCCAGAAGCGGCUUAGUCAUGCUGGUCACAUGACCUGGAAGCUGUACGUCAGCUCCCUCGGCCAAUAAAGCGAGAUGAGCGCCGCAACCCCAGAGUCGUCCGUGACUGGACCUAACGGUCAGGGAUCCCUUUACCUUUGCCUUUUUACUUCCAGUCAUGCCUGCUUUUUAACAGGUUCCCUUAGAUGGUUUCUCUGUGUUUUCUCAAAAGAGAACCACAGCAUUGUGUUUUUGUUUUGAGAAAGCAAAAGAAAGACCAUUUAUGUUUAUCAAGCUGUAUAAACAUAGCAAAAGAUAUGUCGCUUAUUCUAAUAGAAGAUCCCAUUGUACUUAAUGUGGCAAGAAUUUGAGUGGGUGUGUUAAAGCAUUUAAAUAUCUUUAGUUAAUCAGUUCUCACGAAAUCUUUAAGCAGAAGCUCUGUGUGUGCAAAUUCAUGCUUAAUGGAGAGAUGGUACAGGGACACAAGUUGUGGUGAUAAUAACGGAAGAGGCAUCAGAGGAUGACUGAGCUAAGACUCUCUUGUAAAAAAAAAGACCAAUAAUUUUAUAUAAGUUUUUUAAUUCAUGAUGAUCCUCAGUUGUUAAGGUUAGGAAUGUAAUAUACUUAAGGCAUAUACAUGGCUCCCUUAUAACUAAAUUUUCAGUGUGGAUUACAACAAGAUUAAAAACAAAAAAAACAAAACUGUAAGGUAGACCAAUAACAGUUAAAAGCAGCCCCCCCCAAAGUUGCAAAGAUAAAACUGACUAGAGCAGAUUAAAAGGCUUAUAAAAAUAAAAAUGUAUCUUGGCACUAAAAUGACACAUUUAGUUUAUUUAAUUUAUUUAUUUAUAAAAAUACUUACAUACCACUAUAUCAUUAAAAAUAUAAAGAUAUAGAUAAACAAUUAUAAGUACCAGACAAGCCUCCCUGAUGAGGGCAUUCUGUAGCUGAGGUGCCACCACUGAGAAGGUCCUUCCCCCAGUAUCCCCCCGUCAUACCUCAUCUCUUGGCAGGGCACCCUAAAAAGGUCUUCAAAAGAUGAUUUUAUGGCCUAGGUUGGUGCAUAGGAACAGCCUGCUGGAUCAGGCCAACUAAAUGCCAGUGGGAAACUGGUAAGCAGCACAAGAACACUCCCUUCCUGUGACUUCCAGCCACUGGUAUUCAGAAGCAUUACUGCCUCUGGCUAUGGAGACAGAGCAGAGCUGACUUGGCUAGUCUCCACACAUUAAUCUUUCAGGUACUCUGGUCUUAAGUCGUAAAAGGCUUUAAAGGUCAACAACAUCACCGUGCAUUCGGCCUCGAAUGGACAGGGAGCCGCUGAAGUUGGCACAUCACCAGAAUGAUACUGUAUAGUCUAAGGUGCACAAAGCAUUCGCCGAAUCAUCUUUAUAUAAGAACUGCCAGUGACCUAUUGUAAUAUGGUUUUAUCUGUUGAGCAAUUUUCAGUAAUACUACUACUACUCCCUCCCUGUUUCCUGUUAAUUUCUUCUAGUGGUUACUAGAACAAUUGUUCACUAUAAGUAAACAGGUGGGGAGAGAAUCUACCCUCAGUGACAAAUUGGUUGUUCAGAAUUUGGGAUGUGGUAUACAGUAUAUGAACAAAUUUAAUAAAUAUUGUCAGGAUAAAGAAUGAGGCAUUGAAAAACUGAGUAUAGUGUAUUUGAAAUAGAAGAUUUAGGAUCUUGUUUCAGUCAUAUGUGUUGGGUCUUCUAAGCAUUGCAUUUAUUAUGGUGAAUUAUGUUUCUGAUAAAGUUUUGCAAUAUAUGUUUGUAGGGUAGGCUAAUGCAUAGAGAAAAAAAUUAAUGAUUCAAACUAUUUAAAGUUAUUUGUAUGCCUUUAUAGGAAGCUUAAACUUUUCUAUAGCCUGCCUGUGUCUCUUCAUAGUUCUGUCCUUGACCUUCACUUUUCCACCCUAAGAUACACAAAGGUCUCCUACUACCUGUCCUUUCUUCUUUACUUUUUACUGUGCCUGGAUAAUCACCAGAAACUUAGUUGGUUCUGUGUUUUUCUCCUGCAAAUUCUUCACGCAUUGUAUAUGUAACAAAAUUUAUUAAUAUUCCUGCCUUGUUACCCCCAUCUUUAUCAUUUUGCUUUUCCUUAUAUUGUGUCCGUCAGCGUUAAAAUUGAGGAGGUAAGCUCCUUGUUCGAGGGGUCUACUGCUUUUGCUUAUUUUAUUGUUUCAAGCACUACUAUACUGAUGGUGCUAUAUAAUAACACUAAAGCAAAAUGUAAAUCGUAGUGAGAUUCCAGGAAUAUUGCUAGAAUAUUGCAACAGCUUGUAUUAGGACCUUGCAGAAGAAAGUCUGCCCUUCUCCCAUUAUAUUCCUACCUUAAAUUCACCCUGCAACUACAUAGAUAGCGUGGAAAUAAUGUGGUUAAUUUGUCUGUUUUUGUCAUGCAUGCCAGAUGUUUCUGCAGAGUCUGCGAGGCAUUACCAUCAAUUCUGAAUAGCUUUCUGGGUUACAGCAUUGUAAUCUCUUGCAAAGUCUGUUGCCUAGUCUGAAAAUGUUUACCACCUAAAAACUAACUUCUAGUCUUUCUCUUCUUAAAAACAUGUUUGUGACCUUUACAAAAGAAGGCAACAAAACUUACUAGCCCACCUGCCCUCAUGUACCAAGUCGAUGAUUAGUGCCUAAAAGAGAAUGGGGUAUUUCAUUUAUAUCAUGAGCAAAUAGCGGGUGAAAAAUCCCUUUAGGCCAGCAAGUUUGGAAAUUUGUUGUUGUUUAGUCGUUUAGUCAUGUCCGACUCUUCGUGAUCCCAUGGACCAGAGCACGCCAGGCACUCCUGUCUUCCACUGCCUCCCGCAGUUUGGUCAAACUCAUGCUGGUAGCUUCGAGAACACUGUCCAACCAUCUCGUCCUCUGCCGUCCCCUUCUCCUUGUGCCCUCCAUCUUUCCCAACAUCAGGGUCUUUUCCAGGGAGUCUUCUCAUGAGAUGGCCAAAGUAUUGGAGCCUCAGCUUCAGGAUCUGUCCUUCUAGUGAGCACUCAGGGCUGAUUUCCUUAAGAAUGGAUAGGUUUGAUCUUCUUGCAGUCCAUGGGGCUCUCAAGAACUCUCCAAGUUUGGAAAUAUGCUGGCCCAACCCACAGAUCAUGUAACCUUGAUUUCAGAAACUAUAUAAUCACAACAUAAACUGGGUCAGUGAGUCAAAAGCAGGCUAGCAAACAUCCUGCAGGUGACCAGGCAAAUGUGAGUUGCCUUCAACAGGGAAGCUUUACCCACAAAGGAAGUUGGUCCUUGCCUUGCAUUCUCUUUUCUUCUGUAAGAGAGCCAAACUCUGGAGAAGAUGAAUGUGACCCCAUUGACUAUCUGUUAAAGAACUGGUUUGGGCACUCCUGUGUGAAUGCUUAAGAGUGGUUCUGGAUAACACCAGAUGAUUAAAAGAGUUAAAUGCAUCUCUGUGUUAAAAAAGCUGUAUCCGUCCUACCUCUUUCAAGGAUUCUCAAACUUGCCUCCACACAAGUCAAACCCAGCUCAGUGCUGAUCCUGGGACCUUGCAAACAGGGACAAGAAUUGCUGGAGGAGACUGAAGAGAGUGAGCUUGUGUCUUUUGGAGCCUGAGGGUAUGUGUGGCUGAUUGCUAUGUGGGAACACAGGAUCUGAUGGGGAGGAGUUACAGCUCAGAGGAAGCCAGGCUGAGGGAGGAGUUAGCAACCAGCAGCAGUCAAGCUUAUCUCACUGCAGAUCCUGGGAUCUUGCAAGCAGAGCUCAUAAACAGGGGCGUUUGCAAGGAUGUUUAGUGGGGGGCGUUUAAGGGGAAGGCCCAGAGUUCUGUCUCUUGGUGUGCAAAGGGCCAGAGACAUGGAGAGCAAGGGAGCUGCUGCAGUGACCUGUAACACCUGUUCCAUGUUUGUCAUUCUGCCAGAGAGCAAGCAACAGUAGGCUUGUAGCAAGUGCAAGCUGGUUGUCAUGCUGGAAGAGAAGGUGCAGCAACUUGAGGCCCGUCUAACCACACCUCAAGCAACAGGACAACAUGCAGAGGUACUUGAUACAACUGAGUUGACUGGGAUUGAGCACCAAGAUGCGAUGGGGUGCCCCCAGGGUGGAGAAAGAUUGCCCAUUGCAAUAGUAACCCAGGGGUCAGCAAACUUUUUCAGCAGGGGCUGGUCCCCUGUCCCUCAGACUUUGUGGAAGGCUGGACUAUAUUUUUUUGGGAGGGGGGAAUUGAUGCAAGAGCACCAUGAGCCCCGGUGGCUGCUUACCUGUGUCUUGCGAGCAGCAGUGGCUGGCAGCAGCGGAGGGACGAUGAGCGGCGUGCAAAAUGGCUCUGGAGAGGGGCUGCUUAAAAUGGCGACCUGCUGCUGCUGGCACCAACAAAGCCCAGCCCCCUUCCUCCUCUAGGCAGGGCAGGGAGAAGCCAGGAGGAUGGAGGGAGGAGGUGCUGGCGCUGCCGCCGUGGGAGGGAGAGGGGAAAGAAUGUGCGUGCUGGCGAUCCACAUGGUGAUUCCCGGACCGUCUGCAGGCUGGAUCCAGAACGCAAGUGGGCCUGAUCCGGUCCAUGGACCUUAGUUUGCUGACCCAUGGUCUAACUCUUGGAGAAAUGUGAUGCACAGAAGUAGGACAGUCACAAAACACACUUCAUUAGAGUUGCAAAAUCGCUUCCAUGCUCUUACCUUGGACAUGGAUUCUGGGCCAGAGCUAGGACAGCAGUUCCAACCUCAGAAGACACGAAGGUGGCUGUGAAAGGUACAGUGCAUAGGACGAUUAUUGCCACUCCCCAGAGGAGAAAGAGACAGGAGGAGAUGGAUUUGGAGGAGUCUUUUUCCAUUCUUGAUCUAACCCCAUCAGAUCCAAGGCUACUGAUCGUGGAUGAGUAUGGUGAUAACGUACUUGCUACCUUCCAUGGAGACAACAUUAGAGAAAGGGAAUUGCAGCCCAGAGAUGACAAGCUGGGAGGAAGAAGUAGGAAGUAUUCAAACCAUAAGUUUCCGGCCUUUGUAAUUUAUCCCAACAAUAUCAAAAUAAGCUCCAGUAAACAAGAGGGGAAGACUCGAGAAUGACAGAAGCAGACCUCAGAACACUCCAAGCAGCCUUUGGAAGGCACAGCCCAUAGAAUGAUUCCUGCUACUCCCCAGAGGAGCAGGAGGAGGAGACGAGUGGUGGUGAUAGGUGACUCCCUGUCUUGGAGAACAAGUGAGGUCCCUACAGACAAGGUGGGCAAAUGUUGUCCCCGUCUUCAAAAAGAAGAAAAAGGAAGACCCAGGUUACUACAGUACUGACCGGUGAGCUUGACAUCGACACCAGGGAAGGUCCUAGAAUAGAUAAUUCAGCAGUCGGUCUGUGAGUAUUUAGAAAAUGAUGCUGUGAUUACUAUGACCCAACAUGGGUUUCUCAAAAAUAAGUCAUGCCAGACCAAUCUGAUUUCUUUUUUUGAUGGAAUUGCAAAUGUGGUAGAUCAGGGAAAUGCUGUGGACAUAGUGUAUCCUGAUUUCAGUAAAGCUUUUGACAAAGUUCCCCAUAAUAUUCUCAGGAGGAAGCUGGUAAAAUGUGGGUUGAAAGAGGUAACUGUUGGGUAGAUUUGUAGCUGGUUGACUGACCGAACCCAAAGAGUACUCAUUAAUGAUUCCUCGUCAUCCUGGAAAAAAGUGACAAGUGGGGUGUCGCAGGGUUCUGUCCUGGGUCUGUUGUUGUUUAAUGUCUUUAUAAAUGAAUUGGAUGACAGAAUUGAGGGGAUGCUCAUCAAAUUUGCAGAUGACACCAAACUGGGAGGGGUAGUUAAUGCCACAGAAGACAGAAUUAGAAUUCAAAAUGACCUUAACAGAUUGGAGAACUGGGCGCAAGCUAACAAAAUGAAUUUCAAUAGGGACAAAUGUAAGGUUCUGCACUUAGGCAGGAAGAACCAGAUGCACAAAUAUAGGAUGGGGGACACCUGGCUUACUAGCAGUACAUGUGAAAAGCAUUUAGGGGUCUUGAUGGACCACAAGCUUAACAUGAGUCAACAGUGUGAUACAGCAGCAAAAAAAAGCUAAUGCUAUUCUAGGCUUCAUCAACAGAAGUAUAGUGUCCAGAUCAAGGGAAGUAAUAGUACCACUCUAUUCUGCCUUAGUCAGACCACACUUGGAAUCCUGUGUCCAGUUUUGGGCACCACAAUUUAAGAAGGAUGUUGACAAGCUGGAAUGUGUGCAAAGGAGGGCAACCAAGAUGAUCAAGGGUCUGGAAACUAAGCCUUACGAGGAGCGCUUGAAGGAGCUGGGAAUGUUUAGCCUGGAAAAGAGGAGACUGAGAGCAGAUAUGGUAAAGGUAAAGGUAAAGGUACCCCCGCCCAUACGGGCCAGUCUUGCCAGACUCUAGGGUUGUGCGCUCAUCUCACUCCAUAGGCCGGGAGCCAGCGUUGUCCGCAGACACUUCCGGGUCACGUGGCCAGCGUGACAAGCUGCAUCUGGCGAGCAGCACACGGAACGCCGUUUACCUUCCCGCUGGUAAGCGGUCCCUAUUUAUCUACUUGCACCCGGAGGUGCUUUCGAACUGCUAGGUUGGCAGGUGCUGGGACCGAACGACGGGAGCGCACCCCGCCGCGGGGAUUCAAACCGCCGACCAUGCGAUCAGCAAGUCCUAGGCGCUGAGGUUUUACCCACAGCGCCACCCGCGUCCCAGCAGAUAUGAUAGCCACCUUCAAAUAUCUUAAGGGCUGUCACAUGGAGGAGGGAGCAAGCUUGUUUUUUCCUGCUCUGGAGGGCAGGACUCGAAUCAAGGGCUUCAAGUUGCAAGAAAGGAGAUUCCAACUACACAUUUGGAAAAACUUUCUGACAGUAAGACCUGUUCAGCAGUGGAACAGACUCCCAUGAGAAGUGGUGGACCCUCCUUCCUUGGAAGUUUUUAAACAGAGUUUGGAUGGACAUCUGUCAUGGAUGCUUUAGCUGUGGUUCCUGCAUUGCAGGGGGUUGGACUAGAUGACCCUUGGGGUCUCUUCCAACUCUAAGAUUCUAUGAUUCUAAGUCCUUUUUUCACCUUCAGUUCAGGGCCAUUUUUUAUUGUAGUUCAUAAGUACACACUUGCUAUCAUUUGUAUACUCAGGGCCUGUUUACCGAUCCAGGGCCUGCUAUCUUCAGAACAAUUCUUGCGUAAGCAAACAACAUAUUCCAGGGUGCUUCAAACACACACCCUUGCUAGCUUUCUUUCAGGAUCUGUAGCUUCUCUAAGAGGCACUGAGCUCCACCUACAAAAGGUACUAGCCCCACAGCUGUUCACUUUAGUAAGCAGAGUAAGAUUUUUUCAGUUAAUUUCCAUGCUCUGAACUUUCAGAAGCCUUGGGAUGAUCUCUGAAUUGUUUAAAGAAACGUGAAGCCAAAAACAGUUCCAGGGUUAUUGAUUCAACAUAAGCUCUUAUACGGACAAGCCUUCAGCAUCUCAUCUCCACUAAUAACUGGAUCGAACCUUCAGCAGCAAGCUGACUCCCCCUGCCAUCCAGAUUCUGUCUGUAUGUGGCUCAGUUGGACUUACUGAGCUUUUCCUGCCUAGACUAUGAUGCUUCCUCUCAGCCUUUUAUGUCUCUUGCUGGGUUCCAGAUCCCCUUCUGCUUUGGGGGAAGCCGCAGUUGUCCUAUACCUUUGACUAUAAACAUCAAAACAGUUUGCACUUUUACAUUCAGGCUGUGCGUUGGGAGCAACAUCCCAAAACUGAGCUCUUGGGUUGCAUAGUUUUCUCUGUGCUUGCAGGUUUCAUGCACAAAUGACUUGCAAGGGAUUCCUCUUACUGCAGUGUCAGGCCUCAUUCUGCCUUAUUCCAUUGAUCAAACUGUAGAGACAGAAUGUGUAAUAACAGCAGAAAGGAAAGCUGCCUCCUGCUGCAGCCUUAAACCGAAACCUGAUUGCUCAUUAUUUGUUUCCACCCAGAUAACGUAACGGAAUGAAGAUUAUAUUCCUGAGGCUACAGUUAUUUUUUUAUGCAGCGGUGUUAGACAAUGGGAGGGACACACACACACACACACACGGCACGGUAAAUCUUGACAGAUUUAGGAUUGUAGGAGAAUCUUGCUGCUUUCUUGGAUAUGAUUUUUCCUCUAUAACCCCAUCUUUUAAGGGUACCCAAGCCUCGUUUUGACUAGGUCAAGCUGCAAAACUCUUUGAAGCUCACAUAAUGCUGCUGUAGUGCAGAUUUGAAAUGUAGGGCAAUCAUUCCCCACUCCACCUUUAUUGUGUGCAAAGACAAAGAAACUGACUGAAGGGGACAGGUGCGGAGCAAGCAGAUUGCCUCUCCAUCAGUGAUACCUCCUGCUGUAGCUCCCAUGUUUCUUCUGCUAUCUUAUGACUGUCUCAUUUGUUCCAGCUCUUUUCUUGCUGUCCACCCCCUCUUCCAUGUCUUGGUAGCUGCGUUUGUGAAGCCAUGUUUUAAGGGCUGUAUAGAACUUAAAAACAACCAGUUCCCACUGAAGGGCUUUCAGCUCCGUUUAAUAGGCAAGGCAAUAACGUUUGCAGGGAAGAGAGGCAGAGGCAGGCUUUGAUUAUUAAGCAGUGAGGAUGGGCUAGGAGAGUGAAGUGAGGUGAGGGUGGCUUAAGAAGGGCUUUUGCAAAGGAAGAGGGACUUGGAGAGGCUGUGUCAGCAUUGUGUAUAGGCACUGUGUAGGAUAGUAGAAAGACACAGAGGUGGGCGUGGGAGAAGGAAACAAAGGGAGCCAACACAAGCUGAAUUUGCACAGGCUGAGGGGAGUGGAUAAUGCCAGGAAAGCUUCAUGAAGAAUUGAAGCUGCUGUAGAGCAAAAUCAGAAACCCAAGUGAGGAGCACAGAGGCUAAAGAUGAACCUCAAGAAUAAAACAGGGAGGUACAGUACAGCUAGAAGGCAAGAUGCCCAUGGAAGAAGAGACUAAACAGGAGGUGAUGGUCUGUUGACGAGGGAUUCAGAGUGCAAAAAUCAGGCUGUGGAUAUUCUGAAAAGGAGGGAAGUUUUUGGCUUUGGCUUCUUAGAUGUGGGAAAGGAAGGUAGGCAAAAGCCACAGUGGUUGAGAAUGGAGGAAAGGCUGAUGACAGCGGCAGGAGAGGGUGGGGUUCAGAUGAAAAUCUGAGUUUAUUCGCCACUGUGUAGCAGGCUGCUUCUAAAGAGAUUUCUAGAUGCUUUUCGCAGUGGUUUUGGGCAAAAAAGGAAUGGUGAAACAAUAGAAUUUAUUCCUAGAGAACUUAAUGACUGAAGAGGAUAUAAGAGUUUUCUAAUUUAACACAUAACACCUUUCAAAAAUUUCUAGGGUGGUUUACAACAAUUCAUAAAUGCAAUAAAGUAGUGGUAAUUAAUUUUCAAAAGUUUGCAACAGUAAAAGAGGCAGUACAGUAGAACCUCGACUUACCACCGCCUCGACUCGCGACCGCUGCAAACCCGGAAGUAAAUACUGGGUUUGCCGCGAUUUGCUCAUGCGCAGAAGCAGCUUCUGCUGACUGCAUAUGCACAGAAGCGACUGCCACUGUCUGCACAUGUGCAGAACAGUGCCGCCGCCGAAUGUGCAUGCGCAGAACAGCGCUUCUCCCAGCGACCCGGAUCGACUAACAAACGGACCUCUGGAACAGAUUCCGUACAUGAGUAGAGGUUCCAAUGUACUAAGAACAGUCACAACAGAAAUAAAAGCACAAAUCAAAGGUUAAAACUGACUGAAGGGAAGCCUAGGAAGAUAAAAUGGUACUAGUACCUAAAAGACACUUUAAAAAUACAUUUCUAAAGGAGCUAAUAUGUUGGCUUGAGUUUCAGACUAGACCUCAGGAGACCUGGGUUCUAAUCCCUCCAGACCAAAAAUGGUGCUGGAUGACCUUGGGCCAGUCACUGCCUGUAAGCCUAAAAUACGUCAUAGGAUUGUUCUGAGGAUUAAAUGGGAGGGAGAACCAUGUACACCAGUGGAUAUAUGAACAGUGAGGCUCCCUGGAGUGAAAAUUUCACAAAGGGGUAACCACAUCUCUGUAUUGUUGCCUACCUUAUUUUGGAUCUGCACCCAGAGAAGAGCCUCUGAGGAAGAUCUUGCUGUGCAGACAGGUUGAUGUGGCAAAUUACACCAUGUAAUUCUCUAAAGUAGGUGCCUCCAUGGACUAAUAAACUACCUACCAAUAGUUGGUUGGCACCCAUCUGUCUCGGGAGACAGUGGAAGAGUGCACCUUCAAGGGUAAAGUCAAACUGUUGGAGAGGUACAGCAACUGCUGUGUCUGUAGAGACUGAUAUGGGAGAGACAUGUUUUGUUGCAGCUGGGGCAGAUGAAGGUGUCCGGUUGUGCCGAUGAAGGUGUACCAUGGCGUUUCUUCUUUCUGUGCUCCACCUAGUGGUCAUUCCUCCUCUGGCCUCUGUGGAUACACAACCUGGUAGUCUCCAGGCACUGUGGUCGUCUGCAAAGGAUUCCCACACGGCGGUGUUCAUGUUGCCAGCCUUCAUGUUUAACAGAUAUCUUUCUAAUGCAGAGUUGGUCUGCCAACAGGACUGGUGCCUGAAGCCAGCUCCCAAUAGCGCAUGUCCUUGAGAAUCCUGCCAUCUUCCAUUCUGUGGACAUGACAAAGCCAGCAUAGAUGUCGCUGAGACAGGAGUGCAUUCAUGCUGGGAAUGUGGGCUUGGGAGAGCACACAUAUGUUUGAAACUCUGUCCUGCCAUGUGAUGCAAAAACCUUCCUGAUGCAGCGCAUGUGGAAGGCGUUGAGGUGUCGCGCCUGACAAUUGUUAGUUGCCAAUGGGUCACUUCCAUAAAGCAGCGUGCUCAACACGCAAGCCUGGUAAACCUUCAUUUUGGUGUUGGUCACUGGUAUCAUAUUUUCCCAUACCCUUUUGGAGAGGUGAGCUGUUGCCAUAGCUGCCUUUCACAUAUGCUUGUCCAGGUCAGCAUUAUUGGAGAGGUUGCUGGUUAUGGUGGAGCCCAGGUAGACAAAAACGCCUACCACCUCAAGCAUGUGGUCACCAUUGCUGAUGUGUGGAGUGAUGGCAAUGUUCUGACCCAGGCUGAUGGUAAGACCAAACUCCAUGCAUGCUUGGGCAAAACAGUUGAGUCUCUGUAGAGCAGCUGUCAGCAAGGUUUACCUCACCUGGGCUGCUUCACUCCAGCGGAGAUCCCUCCGUGGGCCGGAUUGUGCGUGCACGUGAGCAUGUGCGCCCGUGAUUUACGGCACCUGUGUCUGUGCAAAUAUGUUUCUCGGUGUCUGCGCAUGCACAGUCACGAUUUCUGGCAUCGCGGAAGCGAGUCCCUGCGCAGGCAGCUCGGUUUGAGGCGGCUCAUGGGCCGGUUAAACAACCCCUGUGGGCCGCUUGUGGCCCAUGGGCCUUAGGUUGCCUACCCCUGCUGUAGAGCUUCCUCAGUGUGCUGUCAAGGCUGCGUCAUCUGCAAACAUCAUCUCUCGGAUAACGGCCCACUACACUUUUGUCUUGGCGUAGAGACGUGCCAGGUUGAACAGAAUCUUGUUGCUCCUUUAGUGGAUGUACACACUGUCUUAAGUUGAGCACCAGGGAGAAGAAUAUAUCAAAGAGAGUUUCACUUCGUUGUUUAUAGGGAAGGCAUCUGAAAUUAUUAGCCAUUUCGUUUUGGCACCCACACCCUAGGUCCCAGGAGCCACAUGGCUCCUAGCAUUCCCGUCCCAGUUUCUAACACUGGUGUUGUUGUACUUUCCUUGUCAUUUGCCAAAGACACGGGAGAAUCAUGCUCACUGCCUUGGGCUCCGUUGAGGAACAGUAGGAUAAUUUUGUAAGAUUUUUUUAAAUUUAAAAAACCAUCCCUGCGACUAAACAGAGCCUUUGGACUUCCCAGGACCAUAUGUCACUGCCUUUGAUUGUGCAGCCUGCAUGCCUCAUAUUUGCUUAGGGGGGAGUGUUUGUAAAAUGAAGCACACCAAAGAGAAAUCUAUCUGCUCAUGCAGUGUCACAAAGCAAGAUCACUUGCUUGAAGACAUAAGUGUCCAGAACACUCUGGAAGCAAUGGCUGGUAGCUACAGAGCAGAACAGUGUCCUUUCAUGACAUGAAAAGUUAUGUCCAAGUUGUUAGACAAGUCUAAAUUGUAACGUAUUUGUACUAAAUUUGUACCAUAAGAAAUAUGAUACAUGAUCUACUGCCAUUUAUAAAAUUGAGACUUAAAAAGCCAUGUUUUCUUGCCUAUUGUUCAUUCCCUCACAUCUCUCACUUUUGCUGUGGAAGUGAGAUUUUAAGAAUUUGAUUUAACCGAUGCCUGAAUGCAGUAUGCACAAAUGUAUUAGAAAAUAUUUUUAACACGGAGUAUAAAGUUAAAUAUAUUUAUAUUACAUACAGAUAUCGCUUAAACCAAGUUAUUUUAUUGUCAGUAGCACAUAAUAGAGCUGACGUUUUAAAAUAAAAAAGAUGUAAUUUGAAUGUGAUGAUUCUCAUCUGACUUUCGUUUCAUUCUACUUAAUCACUGGCUCUUGUCUACUCUGUGAAGUGUCCAAAUACUGUUUGGCUGUUCUGUCAGGAAAAUAAUAGGUAAGUGUAAAUGACAGGAGAGAUGCACUAGGCUCCAAUACUGGGGCAAGCAUGCAAGAGUCAGAGUAUCAGAUGUCAGUGGCCAAACAGAGGUAUUUUUGCAUAUUGAUCACAGGCAAUCUUCCACCCACAGUGUGAAGUAGUAUAGUUGAUUAACAGUUAUACCAUGUGUGGGAUUUACUGGCCUGGUCAGGGAAAACCUGGAUGUAUGGGAAUGCGAUAGAAAAAGCAGCGAAAACAGCUAAAAAAGCUUAAAAUCACUUUUUGAAAUAUGGCGUAGCCAGGAUUGUUGGUUUUUUUUGGGGGGGUAGGUUUUUUUGGUGGGGGACAGACCCUCUGAUUUCUAUUGAUUUCUACUUAUUGGGGGGGGCAGCUGCCCCCUGACCCCCCCCCCGGCUACACCCAUAGGGGGGCACAGGAAGGAAACAAGGUUGGGAGGGGGCCACAAUCAGAAAAUGGUUGGGAAAUUCUGGUCUAGACUAGGUGUUAGAAGUAUAAAUUGUCAAGAGACAGGUUGCUGAGACCCAGUGGAUCAUGUAUCAUGGUCCCUUUCCUGGGAUAUGAAAUGAGACUUGCCUAAAAAUGCCCUUGAUAAGCAUAACUCCUGCUGAAAGGCUCUAAGCAAGAUGGUUCGGCAGCUUGCCUGCUCUUUCAGGAACAGCUUUGAGGCUUUAGUAGAUGAUAAACUGAACAUGUUAACAGUGUGUUGCUGUUGUUCCAAAAGCUGCCUAAGAAAGCAGUGCAAUAUUUUGGUGGAGGCUUUCAAGAGAUGUUUGCACAGAUAUAUAUCAGAUACACUUGGCUUCCUUCAGCUAUGCUUACAUACAGGAUGCUUUGAUGUGGAAAAGGGAUGUUGUAGACAAGAUGAUCCAGAGUUAAAGUUCGGUUUAUUGGUUUGCUAAGUAUGCAGUGUUUAGUUUUCUACAAAAAUGGUAAUUGUUUGAUGAUCCCUGGGCUUCUGAAAUAAAAGCAAAAAUGAUGGUUAAGUCUCUCCAUUGUUCAGAGCAGUUUAUUAACCUUGUUUGUGCUGUGCUGUGAACGCAAGUCUCUGUUACAGUUCUACUAAAUUAAUGCUUGGAAUAUUUUGGAUUUUUCUUUUUCUUUGCCCUGUCAAACAGGAUGGCUUGAUUUACAACCAGUGAAAAGGUUGCUUUAAAUAAGUUUUUAAUCAAGUUUAAACUGCCUGGGCAGAGGAAGGUAGUGCCUGCAUCUUCUACCAGUCUGCUGUUUGCCUUCAAAUCCCUGAGCAUUUCCCCACAUGGUUUGAUUUCAUGGUGAUGCCAGAUUACUUGAGGGUGGGCAGUCCCGCCCUCCCCUGGCUUUAUAUGGACCAUCUGGUUCAGUAUUGUCUACUCUUCGGAACAUAGGCUCUCCAGGAUUUCAAACAGGAAUCUUUUCCAGUGCUACCUGGAGAUCCCAGUAUUGAACCUGCAGCCUUUUCCACGCAAAGCAUAUGUUUGUUUAUUUGUUUUAUUGUACAGUGGAACCUCAGUUUUUGAACAUCUCGGCUGCCAAACGUUUCGGAAGCCGGACGCCAAAAACCCAGAAGUGAAUGCUUCUGUUUUCAAACACGCCUCAGAAGCCGAACAGCUUCCGAGGUGCAUUUCUCAAUUUUCUCCAUUCACUUUGCUGACAGCCCUUUGAUUUUCAGUUUUCGAACGUUUCAGAAGUCAAACAAACUUCCAGAACAGAUUACGUUCAAAAGGCAAGGUUUCACUGUACUUGUUUCUUACCCUUCCUCACAAUUGGAGUACAGAGGAGUGAACAAUAGAGUAUUUUAUAUAUGGCACAAUUCAAAAAUAAUAAUGUAACAGCAUCAUAACUUACAAAGUAGCAAUGUGAGCAAAACGAUUAAUUACUUUCCAAAAGCCCGGGUGAUCAAAGGUUUUCACAUAAAGCCAACCUGGAGUUUGUGGGCACUAGAGAAGGCCCCUGUGGGUCCCUCUGUAUCUGCCUCUUUCCUAUCUAUCACAUCAAUCUAUUAGGUUGAAGUUGUUUCCUACAGGAACCGUCUUGUACCCCUUAGAAGCAGAAAGCUUUACGCUUGAAGCAAACCGCAAGUUCAAAUGAGCUAUGACUAGACAAUGCACCCCCAGAGCUAACUCACAUUUGAAAUUUCACAGCGAUUGCUGUGAGGAACAUCGUAUAAAAAGGAGAUACGUGUCUCCAACAAGCAGUGGAAAGCUGCCAGAGACUCAUGGCCAACUGUGGCAGACAAGUACACAUAUGCCUUGUGUUCCUGGGUAUUUGGGAAUGCCUAUCUCCCCUCCACGUUUACCAUGGCAUACACCACUCAAACAGUGGCAUACAAAGCAUGAAUUGCUACAGGAGAAGAGAGCCUUGUCUGCAGUGGGAGCAACAUGAACUUAGCAUACUUGCAAAGAGCACAUGCCCGUUUGUGGCUUAAGACAAGGUACAGCUGCUUUUACAGAACAUGCUUAUUAAUAGUGUUACGCAGGCUAAUCUUCUGGGAGGAGCUUGGCAAUGGGGGGGGGACGACUUAAUUCUCCAGCUCCACUGCAUCCUCAUUGAACGACCCGGCUGAAAGUUUUGGAGCAGUGAGAGGACUUCUUAAACCACAAAGAGGUCAUCUGGAAACUUGGCAGUGCCAAGCACUGUAAAACCACCUUGAGGGCAAAGACUAUGACAUCCAGUCCAAACACAAUGCCACAGCUUCUAGCGGAGGUGUUAAGGAACUGUUUAUUCAGAAUUCCUAGGAUCCGUUUCAGCUAGCAUGGAGCAUGGAUGUUUGCAGGAGUUAGGCCAAGGGUCCCCAACCUGCGGCCCAUGGGCUGGAAGCAACCCAUGGAGGCCGUUUAAGCAGCCCACAACCCGACCCAAACUGAGCCACCCACUCGGCGAGUCCCCGCGCACUGCACUAAACCGGCCCAGCGCGGCGCGGGGACUCUCUUCCGCGGUGCCGGAAAUCACUUCUGCACAUGCCCAGACACCGAAAAUCACUUCUGCACAGGUGCAAUUUUUGGUGUCUGGGCAUGGGCAGAAGCGAUUUCCCGCGCUGCGGACAUGUGUAGAUGCGAUUUCCGGCAUAGCACUGCACCGGUCCAGCCCACAGAGGAUCUCCGCACGAGUGAUCCAGACACCCCCCCAAAAGGAGAGGGAAAAUGGUCACUGUAUAUGAUAUAUGAUGUACAAAACUAGAUGUAUCUAAUUAAAACAGUAUUGCAUUUCUCUCCUAUCAUUUACAAGUACUCUCAUGUUAGAAUGUAAUGAAGUUUUCUGAACAGAAUCAAAACACUGUUGAGUUCAUGAAUCUUCCAGGGUUUCAUUUUUUUCUUGCUCCUUGAGGAUUUUCAUGUAGAGCUGGAGCCUUGGGGGGAAUUCACAGCUUGAUUCUCAUGAUUUGGUGGCAACUAUUUUUUUUUGCCUUAGAGAUCUUUCCAUGCAAGAGUCUGUAUUGUGGAUGUACAGUGCAAACAUGCAUAAUGUAGAGACAUGUUCAGUUCUGUGGAAACUGUAAUGUAAUGAAUGAAGGAACAAUUUCUUCAAAUGAGGGGUGUUCCUUUGUUCAGUGGACAUCUCUCCUGCGUUUGCCUCACUCCAGAAAAAAAUAAAUAUCUAGACCGAGGUGGAACAGCUGAGCAUGCUUCCCUGUUCCAGCAGACAAAAGAAAAUCUCCUGGCUUUUACAACAGCUUAAUUACAAUGCUGAAUUCUGCCCUUGAGAGAAUCUCUUCCUUUGAAAACAUUCUGGAUCAUUUUCUAAUUUAAACAGUCAAUGCAUUUGAAAGGUAAAUUAUUAGCUUCUCCUAAAUAAAUAUACAUGAAAAUGGGCCCUUUUAAGUUUGCAUUUGGCUCCCAACCUAUUCGCUGAGUUGUUUUUGUUGAAUUGAAGUGAGCAUCUUCAAAUGUUGAAGUACCCUAGAAAUGUAAUUACAGUCUGAAAGUAGGGAGGCUGGCAGUGGCAUUUAGAAUGGCUGACUAACAUCCAUUUCACAGACCAGUUCUCUGGUGGGGUGGGGGGUUGGUUGGUCAUGUGCUGUCAGCACUCAGAGCAGCUCAAGCCCAGGCAAGUGCUUGCUUUAGCAUGGUGGAGCUUCCAACUUGAUUUCUCUGAAUAAUUGACCCUCACACCAUAUCAGAAACCCAUGCAGAAGUUCCAGGGGUUGUUUGAGUAGCUGCUGUUCAAGAAGAACAUAUGUGGAGCCUAAGUUUCAUGGAUCUUUGGGACCAGGCAGGACCUUCUGUAGUGCUAUGCUGUGCUGGUAGUGGGUGGCACUCUAAGGCAGGCAUAGGCAAACUUGGUCCUCCAGAUGUUUUUGGGACUACAACUCCCAUCAUCCCUAGCUAACAGGACCAGUGGUCAGGGAUGAUGGGAGUUGUAGUCCCAAAGCAUCUGGAGGGCUGAGUUUGCCUAUGCCUGCUCUAAGGUUAAAGAACCUGGAGGAUAAGGAAGCAAGACCUCUUCUGCACUUCUUCCUCCCUACAUUAUUAGAGGUACAUGAUUAGAGAUGGGUGUUCUUAAGUCAUGUGCCCUUCACAUUGCGACUUUAGAAGAUAAAUGGAAAAUGAGUUGAGCUUUGUUGCAUAGAGAGACUUUAUUUAGAGGACCUUUUCCACGUCCUAGCAGAAUCUGUUGGGUUGACUCUGAUUAUUCUUCACAAGCUACAUGAAAAGCGAAAUGCCCACUAAGGGAGCUCUCCAAAUGCUAAUGCAGAAACAGAGCAAAUCCAUUGGCCUUCAUUGUAGAGCUUUCUUCAACCAGUUUUCUGAUCCCUAAGAUUAGAACAUGGGUAGGCAAACUAAGGCCCGGGGGCUGGAUCCGGCCCAAUCGCCUUCUAAGUCCGGCCCGCAGAUGAUCUGGGAAUCAUGUUUUUACAUGAGUAGAAUGUGUCCUUUUAUUUAAAAUGCAUCUCUGGGUUAUUUGUGGGGCAAAGGAAUUCGUUCAUCCCCCCCCAAAAAAUAUAGUCCGGCCCCCCACAAGGUCUGAGGGACAGUGGACCCAGCCCCCUGUUGAAAAAGCUUGCUGACCUGACCCCUGGAUUAGAAGAUCAAUGCAAUGCAGUUUAAGACUUUCUGCUCCCUAUUAGCCUGCAUACUCUAGUCCAGGGACCAACAUAUGAGCAGAGCAACAUGGUCCUCACAUCUGGUUUCUCACAUUUAACUACAGAAACAGAAAUGGAGGAAAGAGAUGCCUGCAAUUUUAUUGCAUGGCAUGCUGCGAGAAGCAGUAUUGGCAUAAUCCCAGGUGUCUAUGUUGUUCAGACUUUUGGAAGUUUGAGUCUGGUGUCUGUAAGAAUUUGAAAGUCCCUUUCUGGGGCUUUUCCUUCAAGAUAUGCAUUACAUUUUUUUAUGUUCUGCAUGUCUUCCUGUUAAUGAAACCACAGCUCUAGGCUUGGCAGGGAGGUGGAAACCUUGAACAGAAGCAGAGGGGUGAUGCUACUGCUGUUUGCUGCUUCUCCCCAGCCUCUGCUAAUGCUUCGUGUCAGAAAGGAGCUGAAAGUACAUAACUGGCAUGAGGCCUGCUUCUAGGAAGGAGAAGGGUGCUAGUAAAGGCAUUUGUGCCAGUUCUCUAGGUAGCUGCCCAUUUCCAUUUUCCAGGUCUCUUGACCCUUUGUUUUUCUGUGCAUACACAGACUUCGUGUACUAAUGAGCAGGCUUGUUGUGGUCAAGUAUUGUACAUUUUAAGUGCCUGUCCUUUCUGGUAUAAAGCAGUCAAAAGCAGGAAUGAUUCCAUUUGUAAAUUUCAGCGUUUUUGCGUGCUUGAUAGGUUGGCAGCAGAGUAGAUUUAAUAGCCAGAUGUUUAUGGCUAGAGGGUUGGUCUGGUCUUGUUACUUUUGGAGCUGAACCUGCAUUCAGCAUGUGUGCUGCAUUGCUUAAAUUUGCAGAAUGCAUUUACACCACAAAGCAAAAAGCCUGUUGUGCUUCAUUUAUUUUGGAAAUAACUUCGAGGGGCCUGUCACGUAGGCUGAUUCUUGCCUUUGUUGUCUGGGAUUUUGGCAGUUAAACGUGAUAAACAGGCCAACUGAGCCAUUUAGCCUGACCCUUUGUGGACAAAGAUAAUCUCACAGUGUGCUUGGUUACCAGUGAAAGCCUUUUUGGAGCUGUGGUGCAACAUUCUGUUUUCUGUGCUGUUAUUUUGCCCUAAAUUUCCCUCAAAUCCUAGUUCUAAGAUCCAGAAUUGCAUGGGAGCAGCAUUUAUCCACAGUUAUCAGACUGUAAUAUGAAUGCUCUUGAAUAAUCGAACUUUUCUGCAAACACCUCCAAACUCUUCUGCAUCAUGAGGGUCUUGCUUACUUUUCUGGGUACGGUCAUUAAGAUACAUGUAAUAGGCUGCUGGUUCUCUUGUUUGAGGUUUUUGGGAACUAGUGGAGACAGAAGAUGGCCUUAUGUGUUACCUGAAUAGAAACUCAGGUGCUUGACUCCAUCCUCAAAUUUCGAUUAAUGUUAAAGAUUAUAUAUUUACAGAUUUGUCAACCAUGAUAACGUGUAUGGGGCAAAACCUCAUAGAAGCUACUGUGCUAUAUUUUUUCUACUCUGCCUACCCACCUGCUGCAAUGUCGAAUAAACAAGUCUGGUAAAAUAAAGGUUCAAUGGGUAUUUAGACCUCUUUUCCCUUGGCUUGGGUUUCAGCUACUCUUCUUUCCCAUGCAUGCUCAAAAGAAGGGAUGGAGAUGGGAUGGGCAAAGUGCCUGUAGCAUUAUUCUGUGUUUCCAUAGAACAACACUGAUAGCACCUUUGUGAGGAAGAAAACAGGCAUGUGUUAAACAGAGUUGCUUGGUGGUGGUUGCCUAAGGAGCUACCCUUGACCCCUAAUCUUAAAGAACCACCAGCAGUUUAAGGCUGAAAGGAUCACAGGGACUCAGUUAUUGAUAGGAAACUGCUGAAAAUGGUGUCCCCCUGCCGCACAGAAAAUACCAGCAGGCUUGCUCAAUACAGUGGACGCUCGGGUUGCAAACGUGAUCUGUGUGGGAUGCACGUUCGCAGCCUGCAACGUUCGCAACCCGCGUCUGUGCACACGUGGGUUGCAGUUUGGUGCUUCUGCGCAUGCGCAAUCACUGAAACCCGGAAGCAACCCGUUCCGGUACUUCCGGGUUUUGGCGGUCUGUAACCCGAAAAAACGCAACCUGAAGCAGCUGUAACCUGAGGUAUGACUGUAUUCUUUUCCACCCCAACCUCUUCCAGUUUUUGAGAUUGCCAUGGUCAUGGUGCACACAUUUCCCCAAAGCUUUUUCUGUGGAUCUAAAAUACUAGGAACCUUGUUCCUUUUUUAAAAAAAGAAAAGGUGCAAGGUUCUGUUCUUAACUUGGAACUGUAAGUUCACAGAUGGUGAAAUAACUCUGCUUUUUAAAAAAAGUGCAUGCAAGCUUUUGGGGUUUUUUUUUAAACCUCUCUCCAUCUUGGAGCUUGAACAAAAAGAAGCUUGCCCAUUAAAAGCACUCAGUUUGCCUAUUUUCUGGGAGAAAAAUUUCCUAAAAGCAUAAUAUAGCCUUACUAUUCUGAACAUAUGUUACAUCUUCAGCUGAUAUUGAGCUGUCUGUUUUGCUCUUGAGCAGCUAAUAUUGAAAUGUCAGGUGAUCUCAGGACAUUUAAUAGUCCCACGAUUGGAAUGUAAUAAUGGAGGAUUACAAUCUAUUUCAGAGAAACAGACCAGACAAGAAAGGAGGAGGAGUGGUGUUAUAUGUCAGGGAUGUGUAUACCUGUGAAGAGAUCCAAGAUUUAGAACCUCAAAGCCAAAGUGAGAGCAUUUGGGUCAAAAUUAAGGGAGAGAAGAAUAACAGUGACCUCAUUGUGGGAGUUUACUAUAGAUCCCCAAGCCAAAUGGAGGACAUAGAUGAUGCCUUCCUGGAACAGAUGGCCAAGCAUGCAAAAGGAAGGGAGAUAGUAGUAAUGGGGGACUUCAAUUACCUGGAUAUUUGUUGGAUGUCAAACUCAGCCAAGAGCAUAAGGUCAAACAGAUUCCUCACUGGCCUUGCAGACAACUUCAUUGUCCAGAAAGUGGGAGAAGCAACAAGAGGAACAGCCAUUUUAGAUCUGGUCCUAACCAAUGUUGAUGACCUGGUUAGUGGGGUAGAAGUGGAAGGAUCAUUAGGCGCGAGUGAUCAUGCUCUUCUGAAGUUUACUAUACAACGGAAAGGAGCAGCCAAGCAUACUAGGACUCAAUUUCUUGACUUUAAGAAAGCCGACUUCAUAAAACUUAGGGAAGUGCUGGGUGAGAUCCCAUGGACAGUAAUACUAAAAGGAAAGGGAGUUCACGAUGGCUGGGAGUUUGUUAAGAGGGAGAUAGUAAAAGCACAACUUCAGGCAAUACCAAUGAACAUGGAAGGUGCCUAAAGAAGCCAGGGUGGCUAUCUAAAGAACUUUUAACUGAGUUAAGAUUAAAAAAGGAUGUGUACAAAAAAUAGAAAAGGGGGGAAACCACCAAAGAGGAAUUCAAACAAAUAGCCAGCACGUGUAGACACAAAGUCAGAAAAGCUAAAGCACAGAAUGAACUCAGGCUUGCUAGAGAGGUUAAAAGCAACAAAAAAGGCUUUUAUGGGUAUGUUCGUAGCAAAAGGAAGAACAAAGAAACAAUGGGGUCAGUCAGAGGAGAAGAUGGUGAAAUGCAAACAGGGGACACAGAAAGGGCUGAACUCCUCAAUGCCUUCUUUGCCUCAGUCUUCUCCGAUAAAGAAAACAAUGCCCGACCUGAAGAAUUUGGAGCAAAUGAUUCAGCAGAGGAAACACAGCCCAGAAUAACUAAGGAGAUAGUACAAGAAUACUUGGCUAGUUUAGAUGUAUUCAAGUCUCCAGGGCCAGAGGAACUGCAUCCAAGAGUAUUAAAAGAACUGGCAGAUGUGAUCUCAGAACCACUGGCAGUCAUCUUUGAGAAUUCCUGGAGAACAGGCGAAGUCCCGGCAGACCGGAGGAGGGCAAAUGUUGUCCCUAUUUUCAAAAAGGGGAAAGAGAGGACCCAAAUAAUUACCGCCCAGUCAGUCUGACAUCAAUACCAGGGAAGAUUCUGGAGCAGAUCAUUAAGCAAACAGUCUGUGAGCACCUAGAAAGGAAUGCUGUGAUCACCAAUAGUCAGCAUGGAUUUCUGAAAAAUAAGUCAUGUCAGACUAACCUGAUCUCGUUUUUGACAGAAUUACAAGCCUGGUAGAUGAAGGGAACGCAGUGGAUGUAGCCUACCUUGAUUUCAGCAAGGCAUUUGACAAGGUGCCCCAUGAUAUUCUUGCAAAGAAGCUGGUAAAAUGCGGUCUUGACUAUGCUACCACUCAGUGGAUUUGUAACUGGCUGACUGACCGAACCCAAAGGGUGCUCGUCAAUGGUUCCUCUUCAUCCUGGAGAAGAGUGACUAGUGGGGUGCCACAGGGUUCUGUCUUGGGCCCGGUCUUAUUCAACAUCUUUAUCAACGACUUGGAUGAUGGACUCAAGGGCAUCCUGAUCAGAUUUGCAGAUGACACCAAACUGGGAGGGGUGGCUAACACCCCAGAGGACAGGAUCACACUUCAAAACGACCUUGACAGAUUAGAGAACUGGGCCAAAACAAACAAGAUGAAUUUUAACAGGAGAAAUGUAAAGUAUUGCACUUGGGCAAAAAAAUGAGAGGCACAAAUACAAGAUGGGUGACACCUGGCUUGAGAGCAGUACAUGUGAAAAGGAUCUAGGAGUCUUGGUUGACCACAAACUUGACAUGAGCCAACAGUGUGACGUGGCAGCUAAAAAGCCAAUGCAAUUCUGGGCUGCAUCAAUAGGAGUAUAGCAUCUAGAUCAAGGGAAGUAAUAGUGCCACUGUAUUCUGCUCUGGUCAGACCUCACCUGGAGUACUGUGUCCAGUUCUGGGCACCACAGUUCAAGAAGGACACUGACAAACUGGAACAUGUCCAGAGGAGGGCAACCAAAAUGGUCAAAGGCCUGGAAACGAUGCCUUAUGAGGAACGGCUAAGGGAGCUGGGCAUGUUUAGCCUGGAGAAGAGGAGGUUAAGGGGUGAUAUGAUAGCCAUGUUCAAAUAUAUAAAAGGAUGUCACAUAGAGGAGGGAGAAAGGUUGUUUUCUGCUGCUCCAGAGAAGCGGACACGGAGCAAUGGAUCCAAACUACAAGAAAGAAGAUUCCACCUAAACAUUAGGAAGAACUUCCUGACAGUAAGAGCUGUUCGACAGUGGAAUUUGCUGCCAAGGAGUGUGGUGGAGUCUCCUUCUUUGGAGGUCUUUAAGCAGAGGCUUGACAACCAUAUGUCAGGAGUGCUCUGAUGGUGUUUCCUGCUUGGCAGGGGGUUGGACUCGAUGGCCCUUGUGGUCUCUUCCAACUGUAUGAUUCUAUGAAUAUCCAAUAAAAGCUGCAGUUGAAAUGGCUUGAAAUGUUGCAGGCUCUUCAUUACGUCAGUAUCAAGGCAAAUUAGUUUAGAAGCCAUGGCUGUGCUUUUUCUGAGGAUCUAGAAUAAUUCUGAAAAUGUCUGGGUGCUCUACCAUCAAGUCAUCACCCCCAGUCCCCACUGAAAAUGAUGCCCAUGAACCCUUCCUUGUCCAUCUCCAUUGAUUCCAUAUAGGAUAUAUAUACCCUAUAUGGAAUAUAUGUAAAAGGUAAAGGGAUCCCUGACCAUUAGGUCCAGUCACGAAUGACUCUGGAAUUGCGGUGCUCAUCUCACUUUGUUAGCCUAGGGAGCCAGAGUACAGCUUCCGGGUCAUGUGGCCAGCAUGACUAAGCCGCUUCUGGUGAACCAGAGCAGGGCACGGAAACGCCGUUUACCUUCCCGCCAGAGCGGUACCUAUUUAUCUACUUGCAUUUUGAUGUGCUUUCGAACUGCUAGGUUGGCAGGAGCAGGAACCCAACAACGGGAGCUCACCCCGUCGCAGGAUUCGAACCGCUGACCUUCUAACCGGCAAGCCCUAGACACUGGUUUAGACCACAGCGCCACCCGCAUCCCACAGAACAGCGUAUUUUUUGCUCUAUAAGACUCACUUUUCCCUCCUAAAAAGUAAGGGGAAAUGUCUGUGCGUCUUAUGGAGCGAAUGCAGGCUGCGCAGCUAUCCCAGAAGCCAGAACAGCAAGAGGGAUCGCUGCUUUCGCUGCGCAGCGAUCCCUCUUGUUGUUCUGGCUUCUGAGAUUCAGAUUUUUUUUCUUCUUGUUUUCCUCCUCCAAAAACUAGGUGCAUCUUAUGGUCUGGUGCAUCUUAUAGAGCGAAAAAUACGGUAUAUAUAACAUAGAGCAAAUACAGAAAUAUAGCAUGAUCAGCUAAGGAAGGAGGUUCUCUAUGUCUGGGCCUUGAUUGAUUAUAAACUUUUAGCACCAAACCAUGCAGAACUGUUUGUGCUUUAUGGUGAAAACAACGUUUUAUUCUUCUCUUACAGGGUAAUCACUUUGAUCAGUAUGAAGAAGGCCACUUGGAGAUUGAACAGGCGUCCUUAGACAAGCCUAUAGAAUCGGUAAGAAAUCAGUUUUCAUUCUCAAGCCCCGAGCAAGUGCAGCUCCACUAGCCAAGUUCAGAUCUUACACUUAGAUUAAGGAACUCAGGGAUGUGUUCUAGUAUAUUUGCAUGUCUUACGUUAACGUUAAAAAUGAGGCAAGUCACUAAUCAAUCUAAUCUGAAAUGAGAAGAAAAAGCUAUCUCACCUCAAAUUGAAAUAAUUUAUAGCAGCUGAUUGUGCUAAACAAUAUUGUGCUAAAACACCUCUUUUAUGGCCCGAGUGGUUAUUGAGGAGUAAAAUAUAUUUUUCUCUUCCUUAGUUUACAUUUUCUUUGGCACAAGGAAGAAGACUGUAGAGCAAAGAGGGCAGCAUUAAGAAGAAUUUAGUAUAAAUAGGUUGCAUAGGAUUCUUUUUAAAACUGCCUAUGGCAUUAAUAAAAUGUUGGUGCAAAUCUCCUUCAACCUGAAUUUCCUGGCGAGAGACUACAAACAGGAAAGAGAAGAGCCACUUGGCUUGCUUUUCCUUUUAAACAUGUCAGGUUUUUGAAUCAUACCACAUUUGUGUGUUCUCCCCCCGCACCAUGGAAUAGCUGUAGUUCAGCUGCCUAAAUGCCCCUUUGAGCUUCAUUAUUUAAUAUUUGUGUUGGGCUGUAAUGUCAUUGGAGUUGCAGUUUAAAAAAAGAUGUGAUGGAUACAUAUAAAGUAUUAUGGAUAAGGCUGUGGAAAUGAAAACAAAACAACUCCCCAGCAUUUUCAGGGCUGGAUUAAAAGAAUUAUGUCUGACCCCUUUACAACUUUCUGUCCUGCUCCAUCCUCUGAAUUUUAUGCCACGUCCUUCCUUGGUGUUUACUCUUUGAGGAGCCUGAGAUGCCUUUUGCCUUCUGAUCACCUCUUCUUUUGAGCAGUCUCUAAGGCAGUGCAGAGCACGACAAGGCUCCACCUCUCUCCCCCACCUCAAUUCAUAAUCACCCUUGCAGUUUUACCCUGUGGGAUGAGCUGUAGUGUAAGCAAGCAUGGUAGUUGAGACUGUUGCGCACCUGCUGGCCACCCCUAAAGUAGCAGUUCAGAAGGUGAGGAAGCCCUCUCUGUAACUUGAGUAAUGUUAAACCAAUCCCACAUCAAGAAGCUGUGCAUGAGUUGAGUAGGUUUCCUGUGCCAAACACAAACAAGGGAAACAUAUUGGUUGAACAAUUCCUACGACCCCACAUGUAAGAUCAUUGGGUCCUGGAAUCUUCCUUAAGAGCCUUGGAACCUAUGAAUCCUCAGGAUGUUACUCUUCUUUUGUGUUCUCCAAAGUUGCAAAGGCAGUUUGUCUAAAAACUGUUCUUUGCAGGUGUGGAAUAAGGGCAUAUUGACCUUUGUAUGGUAAUAAUGUCAAGAGUGACAAAGCAAAUUGACCCCCAUCAGCAUUCUAGUGCUUGCAGUCGGCCCUUGUCAGAACACAGCACUUGCUCCUUGCCCUUUCCUACAUGUUCUUAUUUUGCUCUCUUUCUACACGGUGUUGCUCUUUGCUGAUCAGCCCACGCGGCUUUCACCCUGAUCAGUAGGAACCUCACCUGUGAAGUUAAUCCAGCCCUGUUAAUGCUUUGUAUACAGAGACUCCUGGCUGUAGGCUCUCUGGAGUCCAAUUUAGGAGCACUAAAAACCUUAUAAAAAAAUAGUGUUAGGAACGAAGCAAUAUACAUAUAUUUGCUUUCCUGUGUAGUAGAUUGGUGUUUGUGUGUGAGUAUUUGUGUGCGUGUUGAGAUGUUCACAGAAAUUUACACAACUUGGGGUGUUCGACGUUUUUUCUUCCACAGCAGUUGGCCCAAAUUAGCUAAGCAGCCAUGACCUGGUUUGUAUUUGCACGGUCUGCAUUUUUAAUUUCUUUUCUAGGGUUUCCUCUCCUCCUUUCUCCUCUACCCCCUCCCCCAUUUCUUAUUUCUGUUCUUCUGGUCCAGUGAACACUGCAUUCAGUAUCUACUGUCUUAUUGUGCUGGCAUGAUGCUAGAAUUAGGCAUGGCGGUCACUGAUGACACAUGAAAUAAUGCUGCAGAGGGGGGUGGGUAGGAUAGUGGUGAUGCAGCUGCAUUUGAUUCUCUUGAAUUAUUCAGCGUUGUUUGUGUGUACAUGCACACCCCAAUUGAAAUGCGAAGCCAGCUUCCCUCUUUGCAAAUGUCAUGGAACAGUAUUGCGUGCCAUGCUGGCGAUGUUCGUAAUAAGACAAAUGACGCUGUGUUCCAUAGUCAUUCAUGCUCACAGGGUUCCCUUCUCUGCCUAUGCCAGAAAGGGACUGUGAGCCCAUGAAACCCCAUCCCCUUUCAUAGCUAAGAAACUGGGGCUUUCCUGUUAUCACCAGAGACCUGUCUCAUUGAUUGCAUUGCAAUGUGUACAGCAGCUGUAGAAAAAUCUCCAGUGCCUCAAUGUUUGCUUCUGGACCACAGAUCUACAGAAUGAACCAGUGUCUUAUUUUUCUAAGCAACAUGCCCCAAAGUUGUUGUUUUUUAAAAAAAUGUUCUGAGUUGAACACCCUCCCGCCCAUGUUAGUGGAGAGUUUAAAAUCAGCAUGUGGUCCUUUCAAGGUGCAAAAUGCUUUCACCUUGAUGUUUUUUGUGCAACAAUCUGUAAUUCUUCCCCCCCCCCCACCUCGGUUAGAGCCAUGUUAGUUUAGUUGAACUCAGGUAGCUCUUAGAAAUCAACGGGGCAUGCUAGUUGUGGGUUGACUUAAAGGCCUAUUGAUUUCAGAGGGAACUAAGUGCCGCUCACUCAGCCUGGGUUCAGUUUGUUAUCUUUAAUUAAACUUAAAUCAGAUUUACAGGAGUAAACCUCAAUAAAUAGUUUAAGCGAGUUACCUGAUGAAGAGCAGUUUAGAUCCAGGUCAUGGAAGUCACAGCCCACCUCCACUUGUUAUUAUCAUGCUGGUGUUUUAAUUCCUAUCCAAACUUAUUAUUUUCUUUGCCCAGUUUAAAUACCCAGAUUUCCAUUUUAGGUGUUGUAUCACCUAUCUCUUGGAGCAAAGCUUUUUGUCCAGUGUCAUGAUGUGGACUCAGUUUGGCUGGGAAGGGGGGGCCAGGGCCACCAUGGAAUCUUAAAGAAUUCCCAUGUCCACCAGGUGGAACCCCCACAAGUGCGGGAGGUGUCUUAAGGCAAACUUGUAUUUCAAAUAGGACUGAAUGUUUGACUGGAGAGAAAAGAUUUAGUCCAUCAUCUGGCUGUAUAUUGUCAAAUAAGUCAAGUACCUCAAAUGCAUUAACUUUAUUAGAACAGCAAGAAAGAUUUUAGUUUUCCCGAACUCUCCAUCUCCAUAAGCUGAUGUGCCAUUGCAGCAGUCUAAUGUGUCUUCGGCUCUUUCAGCAGUAACUGUUUUUGUAUACGCGAAUCUUAUCCCUCACAAGAGUGUGGCAAAGCAGACAGCCAAGUCACAUGGAGGUGAUACUUCUUGGUACUUCCAGCAAAAUGGAGUCGUGGGCGGUCCUAGGUAGCAACCUUUGUCACUUAUGACUGCUUGUGUUCUUGUUCUGACUUGGAGGUGCCAACAGCAGUUAUAGCAGGUGGCCAGUUGGAGAAGACUUCCUGUGCUGUUAGGUUUGCCCUAAUAGUGGGACAGCUAGCCCUUUCUGGCAAAUGUUUCCAUAAAGAAAGAAAAUAGUAAGCUGUCACCUACGCAGUGGCAUUCUUAGUUUCAUCAAAUAGUUGGCAAUAUCUGAGCAUGAGUGGCAACCCUAAUUGCAAAAGGAGGCAAUAAGAUAUGCAGUUAAUUUUUUUAAAUGUAUUGUCCACUCACAGACUUAUUCAAAUAACUAAAAUAGCUUUAAAAUUUCCAGAGAGCCUAGAUCAAUAGUUCCCAAACAAUUGUGGGCCACUGCCCCCUUGGUUUCAUAAACUCACCCCCAGUGCCCCCUACCCCAUAAAAAGCCUUAUUCAGAAUAGUGGUUUGCGUGACCCGCUAAGGAAGAUUAUAACUCAGUAAAAUUCAAAACAGUAACAAUUACACAUUUAUUCAAACGCCCCCCAAAGCUGUUUUAUUUAAUUAAUUCAUCAACUUGAUCUAGUGAUACCAGCUUUUCAUUUAUACCUCCAGCGCCUUCAGCUGCCCUCUUGCCUCUUAGCGACCCCCUGGAUAAUCUCUCUGCUCUCUAGAGAGUGAUACUAGAGAGAUUCCCAUUUUGGGAACCACUGGCUUAGAUUGUUGAACACUCAGGCUUUAUUCAGGUUGCUGUUGUUGUUUUUUUAAAAAAAUUCCUGGUUAGAUCAACAAAGCGGAAAGUUUUAGUCUCUCAAAGUACAUGAUUAGGGAAGAUGUUUGUCCAAUGGACUCUCAACAGCUACGGACCGUGUUUUGGGAAGUUUAUUUUCCAGCAUGACUAGAACAGCUGUGAGUGUAUAUCAGGAAAAGUGAAACACUUUGAAAGGCUUAGUGCCGGAAUGUGCUCUGAUAGCAGUCAUUGUUGCUAACAUUUAAAAACACAGUGCUUAAAGCAUUUCUGCUCACCCUUGGGAAGCAAUAUAACACAGAACAUUUCCUUUUACCAUUCAAUGUUGAAAACUGAUUUUUUUUCUUUCCAGCAGCAAAUAAAACCCAAUUUUCAGCUGGAAACGUAAAGUGGAUUUACCAUAAGGGCUUAACGGUAGUAAGUAAAGCCUUCUAAAACAUAAGUGGAUUUAAAGAGCUGUUGAGAUCUCUUGGUUAUGGAAGCUAUAUAAAGCCCAAGGGAUACUCCUGGAAAACUCUGGGGAAUGGCUUUGCUUGGGAACACAGCUGAAUUCACAUGUGGCUCUGCAGCAUUAUCUAUUGAGGAGAUCCUUACCUGUAUUGCUACAACAUGGAACUUGAUAGUGACUGGAAUAAACUUGGUUUGGGAGUCUACAGAUCUUUUCAUUGGUAAAGAACAUGAUGCUGUUUACAUAAUUCUUCAGCAACUGGUGGCCAGAAUAGAAAAUGUCAACAUUCUCCCUCACUGGAGAUGCUUUUCUCCCCAACUGCUCUAUCUCAGGCUAGUGUUUCAGCCCCACACACUUCAACACUGCUAUAGCCUCCAUCAUGUAGCCAGCAGGCAAAAAAUAAACUAGUUCAGGUCUUUUCUUUAACAGUUAUUGCCAUGUGUAAUGAAUCCCUCUUUGGGGGCAUUCUCAUUAGAGUUUUGAGGGUUCAUGGGACCUUGACUCAUCUCUAAAUAUCUUUGGGCAUGUCAUUUCCAUCUUCUGUUGGUACGGUAUCAGGUGUCGUAACCUCAGAAGUUUGAUGGCGAUGAUUAAUUAGACAAAAACAGAAAAAUUAAUUGCACACUUAAAUUGCUUUGAAGGACCAGGUAUUGAAACAUUAGAACAUGUCCAUCAUGAAUGAGAGAUAGUUGAGGUGGGUGGAAGAGUGUUGGAGCCAGUUCUUGUCAGGUUGGAAGAUGGGAGCAAGAUGGUGAUCUGCUGCAACAAAGUCAAGGAAGUGUGACAUGGAAAUUUCUUAAGAGUGAGACAGUACUACAUACUAUUCUGGCUUAUCUGGUCUGGCUAAUUUUCUUGAGGUUUCCUCCUGUAGUUGGAGCUGGAGUACAACCCCACAUAACGUCUCUCAUGACAUCUAUGGUUUUCCUGGGAGUAGUUUGCAGACAUCCAUAGUGUUCCUUUUGAAGAUGGCCACUUAGGAGAGUAGGCUGAAUUUGCCUGCACCACAAUGGUGUCCUCAGAUCUAGAAAGAACUACUACAGCAGUCCCUAUCAUCUCCCACUUUCUUGCAGAAAGCAGGGGACUGCCUCCAACCUUCCUUCCAUCCCUGUCCUUAAAGUUAAAAAUCUCCUGUUAAGUCCGGUAGGUGUAGCCUGUCCUGGCUUACCUGCUGUCCUGCUGAUGUGCCAUAGGAGUUGCAGCCAAAAGGUGGUCAUGUAGAAAACAACACAGUGGAGAAAACUUGUUAGAAUUGUCAAGACUUGUCCAAAUACUUUUCUUGGCUACAGUUCCAAUUUUCUGUGCACUUAGUGUUUAUUCGAUCACAGCAAUACAUACACGGGGGAGAAGGCAGUAAGAGGCCCAGAAUAAUUAGACAAACCAUACCUUUUCUGUCCCAUUGAUGUGUCACAAAAGGAAAACAGCUUCUCACCAUUUUGGAUGGGAAGCAAGGUUGCCUUAAGGCCUACUUUCUUUCUAGUUCUAUCCUCUUCCUCUCUACUCUCACCAACAAAGAUGCCACUGUGCAUAUUAUUAAUCUGUGUCUUAGGACCAUUGAGAGCUGCAGGCGAGUUGAUGCUGGCCAAAGUUAACUUAUUCCAAGCACACUCUGAUGAGACUUGGUUUUUGUCACAUUGCAUAUCUAUACCGAUCUGUGGACUCCCCUGGUUCCAAAGUAUGUAACUUGACACGGCUGCCAAUUUGACAUUUAGCAGCAGCCUGUACGUUGCUGAGCACUAUAAAUACUGUGCUUUCUAGAGAAGCUGAAUGGUGUAGCACUACUCUUGGACUAUUCUCUCUUGCCUUCAUUGUGUCAUAUGCAGUAAGCUCUAGGUUUUUGUUUUGGGGAUCCUUUUCUUUUCCUUUAUCUCCUGUUUUGCAUGGGAUCACCCUUUGUAGCACCUAGUCUUCCUGCUUAUGGGUUCUUUGAUACACAGUCAGCAUCCCUUAUGGAGCCACUCAAGAGAUAGCGAUACCUGUCAGUCUUCGUCGGGUGGGACAGGGGCCUUUUGGGGACAAAUUUGACAUGGACUCUAUUCACCUUCUCUUCUUUCUUUCCUUAAAUGUCAAACUACUCAUGGACACACCACUCAUCACAGCCUCAUUAAGCAGCUAUACAUACAGCCUUUUCCUAGGAAAGCGUUAUGCCUCUGUUGUUACCAUUCCUGAAUGAUCAUUAUAUCCAAUGAGGAGGAGUAUGACACCCGAAUGCUUGUGGAUCAUCUCAAAAUCACUGGCUGGUCCAGUUUGAUAUUUCAUUGCUGCUCAUUGGUUAGCCCCUGAUUUACUCCUUGAACAAACCAGGGUGAUCAUUCUGCUAUAAUGGGCUUCUGGAAGGCUACCCAACCAUUCCUGUUGGUUGACCUCACACAUGGCAGAAGCCCCUCCAUAAAUCUUAAGAGGAGGUUGCCUUCAAACCGCUCCCAUUGGCAGUGGCAUUGAAGGAGAAAAAAUGGGGAAGGUGACGGCUGAGAAAGCAGCUAGCCACACUUUUGCUGCUUUGGUGCCUCAUAUGUUGAGCAUUUGACAUUAUUUGGAAGAGAAGAGGACUACAUGUUGAGCAUGGGGCUGAUGACAGGCUCAAAGCUUUACCUUUUCAUAUAUUGCUCACCCUCUUGAGUGGCUUGGUAAGUGUGGUGCUAAUGUGUAUAACCCUCCUCAGGUUUUUUCCUCCUUCCCCAUGUCCCCCUCUAACGUUUGUUUCUCCUCCCGCCCUUCACUGUGUCAGUCACAGCGCUCUUAAAACUCCCAGCUGGUCUUGUAUUUAUUUUAUGCUUUCAUUCUUCUUUAAUAAGUACAUUACUUGCAAGCAGUGAAUUGAAAACAAAGCAAACGAAUUAAAAACAAAAACAAAUUACCAUUAGUUGGUUGGACAGUUUCUUACUUUGUGUUACAUUUAACUGUUCUUUUGACAGCCCAGUUUUUAAAGCCAGGUUCGUAUGGAAAUGCUUUCACUCCACCUGCACCGCUUUUGGAAAUAGCAUAACAGCUUCAUUUGUCUGUUUCUUUUUAGUGCAUUCAUAACACAACACAUGGAGCACAAUGUCUCAUCUGGGCGGUAGCUGUUUCCUUUUGCAGGAGUGGGAGUACGAGCACAGCUGUUUUUCUGUCAGAACUUCUUGCCAGCCUGAUGUUGUCAUUUUUUAUUGAAUAACUUUCCCCAUCUUUGCUGCAUUUUUCUAUAUUAAAAGCCAUGGAAAAGGUUUUUUUUUAAAAAAAUAUUAUCACAGCUACAUAUUCCACCCCACCCCGAACAAUCUCAGCAUCCAUUUGGUGACAGAAAUAGAGCCAAGCAGAGUGGUAAGGGCAUAUUGAAGGAAUCACAAGGUUUUCAGGAACACACACAAAAAAUCUAAAACACACUCCAAACGGGCUAACCCCCGGCCAUGUAAGGCCCAGUUAGGACUGAGCAUGCCCAGUUGACCAAAAAAUGAGUGCCAGUUGAAAAGCAAAUGGAAAACCAGGGAAAGAGGGGUUUUAAUUUGUUUUCUCUGGCUCCUAAUAGUGUAUCCAAGGAAAGUUGUGGCUGGCUGGAACCCUGAACAGGAGCGCUCCUGUUAGGGACUGAGGAUAUGCUGCAAGUCACACUGUUAUUGAACAAAACCAAGUGCCCAUUAACUAUCACCACACUGACAGCGGAGUCCUGUACAUGUCUGUGCAAAAGUAAGCCCCAUGCAGUUUAGUGGGACUCUCACUCGGGUGUGCAUAGGAUUGCCACUUAAAUUACACAUGGACAUACCCCCUACGCUCACGUAUGAAGCUGCCUUGUGCUGGAUCAUAUCAUUGGUCCAGCUAAUUAAGUAUCGUCCACUCUUAACGGGCAUGUGCUCGCCAAAGAUUCAGGCAGAGAACUCUUUCUCAGCCCUACUGUCUGAGACCCCUGGGAUCUUGUAUAUGCAAAUCAUGUGUUCAAUCAUUGAGCUAUGGCCACCCAUGGACAUUGUGGUGGGGCAGCACCAUUCAGCUGACUUCCUGAGUUGCUGCAGCUUACUGGGAAGGAGAGAAGCAGGGAGGUUGGGUCAUGCAAAUACACCAGGCCAGAAUGGUUCCACUCAACUUUUUCUACUGUGCCGACCUUCUCACUGCCUCACCCAUCCCUCUAGGCAGCAACUCAGUUGUCAGGAGGUCAGCUGAGUUCCACUGCCGCAUCAUUCUGCCUGCUAUUGGUUAUGGCCCCAAUUCCAGGGGUUUUCAUGGCUUAUGCGUAAAUUUAAAUGGCUUGAGGAUUGUAAAAGAUAAGACAGUAAAAUUUUGGUGGGAUUUUGUUAAUACUUUUUUCCCUUUUUGUUUUUGCCUCUGCCAGAAUUUGGCAGUAGCUCCAUAAUAUGAAACAAAGGAGGGCUUCUCAUCCUUUCAGAAAAGGUUUGAGCCAUUGUGCUCAAAUCUGUUUUAAGAAUUGCAGGGAAACAGUAAACUUCCACAAGACUUCACAAGACACUUUUGGUGACUACAAAGGAGCCAUUUUCUAAAGUGCUCUGAAAAUCACUUCAUCGAUGUGCCCUAUUUUUCCUGUAAGAAUUUUGUAAGUCCUGAGCGCUGAAUUUGAACAAUUGGCUCAGCUCCAUAAUGAAUGAAGCAGGUUAUCUGGAAAGUUUCUUCUGGAAAAAGAGGCAAAUUUCGUUGCCUAAGUUUGAGCUGAAACUUUGAAGGUGGAGCUAAAUGUUACCUCAGCAUGUGGAUAUUCCCAAAUCUGUGUCAGGAGAUGAUGGUGAGGGUGAAGAGGAAUGCUUGGUCUGUGCCCUCCCCUCUCUGUUCCUUCAUAUAGCCAUUUUUCUCUUAGCUGGGUUUGCUUCUAGUUUUGGAGCCUAGCUGGGGGAAACUCGGUAAUUAAAAUAAAAUAUAAUUGUGGGAGGGACUAGCAAAGGAGUCUUGCUUUGGAAGGGUUAAACACCCACAAAUUGUUCUCUUCAAGCCCCUCUCCCUCAUAUUGACAUUACGUAGGAUUGGCAAUCCUGUGUUUCCCUUGGAACAUCUAGCCCCCUUAAUUGUGUAUAUCCUAGAUCAGGGGUGAGGAACCUUUCUGGCUUCAUGGAUCAGAUCCUCAUCAGGAUCAUUCUCAGUGACCAUAUUUGACAGAUGGGCAACGCUGUCCACCUGUCAGUCCUGUGAUGUCAUUAUGAUGACAUGUGAUGGACAGGGAGACAGCAUUGCCCACCUGUAAAAAAAACCCCUUGUGCAGUUCUGCAAGCCUCCUCCCACCCAUUUAAACACUCGAUUAGGAGUUUUAAAGAGGAGCAUGCAAAGACUUUGAAAGGGUCUCCCCACUCUCCCCCCAUAAGCGCCUGAAAGGGGAGUGUGAGGAGACUUAACAGAGGCUUCAAGACAUCCCUAUGCUCUCAUUCUGAACUCUCAAGGCUGAAAUGUGAGCCUUCCUCAAGCUAAGGUUACCAGAUGUCCCCGUUUCCCGGGGACAGUCCCUGGAUUUAAAUAUCAAUCCCCAUACAAAAUCCAUUAAAGUUGAAAAGUGUCCCCAGAUUCAUUGGGGGGGGGGCCUGCCUUUAAAUGUGACGACUUCAUUAAAGCGCUUUGUAAAAGUGCUGUUUGAAACAGCUCGUGCUGCUUCUUUGCUGUGGGCUGCAGCAGUGGAUGAGAUGCUGCCACCCACCCUGCUUGCUUAAAGGAGAACUGUGAACUGUUUCAAACAGCACUUCUGCAAAGAGCUUUAAUUCCUGCUCAUCGGCUGAGUGGGGAUUCAGUCCUGCUGCCUCGGCUGCUCCCUGCUGAUAGCGGGUGGGCAUGGCUUGAGGGAAAUGGCUUCGCAGGCCAUAUUGGACACCCUGGUCAGCCAGGAUUGGCCCAAUGACGAGAGGGUUCCCACCCCUGCCCUAGAUUAUGUGGGAUUUGUGUGAUUUUAAUUCUACUGCUGUUGGAAUAGCUCUGGACAUAUGAUGAAUGCAGCUUCCUCUCAACUUUGCUUCUAAAGUAAUCCCCCAGGUAUCCAAGCAAACUCCUUAGAUACGCCUGAGCCCCAGGGCUUUCCUUGUUAUAAAUGCAGCACUUAACUAUAGGAGAAAACCUUUUUAUUUUCUUUAACUGUUGUGCAAAUAGCUGACACUGAAUUGCUGCAGUACUUUCCCCUCCGCCUACAUUAAUUUUUGACCAUUUUGAUUUUAUUUUCAAAAGAUGAGACAUUAUGCUUGUUGUGUUUUCUCCCUACAUGCACUAAUGGUUCCUUGCUGUUUUAACCUGUUGCUAGGCCUGUUCCAUUCUAACAUCUUAGUACUUCUGUUAGCUUACAUGUGAAAUGCAUCACCCAGUUUGUGCUUGAGCUCAUUUUAUUUUAUAUUUUAAAUUCCUUUUAAUCGGUUAAUAUUUUCAAUUUGUUUUGUAUUUUUUUUACUAACCUCACUGUAUAUUUUCAGUUUAACAAUUGGCUGCAUGCUAAUAUAUAUAUAUAUAUAUACACAUAUAUGUAUAUUAUAUAUCUCUUGUUAUAUAAUAUAUAUAUUAUAAUUGAUUUAUUUUUAUUUUUAAAGAAAACCCAAUCAAGUCUAGCCUGGAUUUUGCUCUGAUUGUGUUUUGGUUUCUAGUGGUGGGGGCAAGUCUGACACUUAACAACUUAACUUGGUCUCUUUAAAGUCUGACACACAAACAAGUUAAAAAAAAGAAAAAAAGCAGACUAAGCACAUCCGUUAGUUUUUCUUUGCACAAAUCAAGUGGUGCUCUCUAGGUGAUGGAUAUGAUUGUAUAAAGUAGCUGAUUUUAUGCUUUUUAAAUGUCAUUUUUUUAUUUUCUCCCCCAUUGCUUCCCCUCCCCUUGUUAUGCACAAAAGUUGCCCAGCACACCAUCAGAAAGUGUGAUGACCCUCCCUGAAACCCUGUUCCUGUGGAAAAAUCUUGCCAGCAGGUGUUUUUUGUUUUUGUUUUUGUUUUUUUUGUUAAUUAUUUUUUAUUAUGUAAAUAUCUUUUCCCUUUUACUGGGCAUAUAUUGCUCGUAAGUAGUUUUUAUUUUAUUUCUUUUGCAUGCAUAUAUGUAGAAAAAUGUCUUGUUCAUAAUGUGUUUCUGUGGAAGAGAAGAAUAUAUUAUUGGAAUAUUUUUGGUUUGUUUCUCUGUUCUGUCUGUCAGGAUAAUAUUGGACACCGCUUGCUACAGAAGCAUGGCUGGAAGCUGGGCCAGGGCUUGGGGAAAACUCUCCAGGGUAAGUAAGAAAUCUGAUUUGUUUAAAAUGCUCAUUUUACUUCUGCUUACAUUUCUAGAUUCCUCCCCUUCCCUCAGCCCUCUGAUUGUACCCAUUGAGUUUUAUGUUUCUCAUAUUGCACUCAGUUUCUCUUAAUACUCACAGGUCUAGUAUUGGGUUUGUUCUGUGAAAUGUAGUUUUUAUUUAACGCAGACUGAAAGCAAGGAAGACAGUACAGUUGGAGUCAACUUAGAGAAAUUUGUACGCUGUCCUCUUGAUAGCUGACCAUAGUACCACCAUGAUUUUGGUUUGCAGAUAAAGGCACAACCAAAAAACAAAGAAAGAAGAAGAUAUGAACUGUCUCAGCUAGCCAGAAAAUGGUUCUUUUGCUGAGAUGGUAUGUGUGUGUGUGUCCCAGAACAAUGUGAUUUGAAACUUGAGACAAAGAGGAUGUAAAAGACGUUCGCUUUAAUUUAGUCAGGUUGCUUGUUGAGAGGUUAAAUGUCUUGAUUUGACUAGUGUUUGACAGUUUCUAAUUCCUUCCUUUUCCUGUUGUAACCUUUUAAUUUGGACUUAAAAAAAAUUCAUAUGAGAGAAUAACUGAUAUGAGAGUUUUACCGCAUUUGAGCUCUGGGGUGCUGUGUUGGGUAACCAACUUUUCAAUUCCAAAUUGGAGACUCAGUGAGUCAUUUGCAGAGUGUGAUGUAGGCAGCCAGAGGAAUAAAGAGACAAGUUUUGUUUUCUUCCUGGAAGCAGAAUUCAGGCAGCUGUUGGAACCUAAGAAUUACUGCAUUGUCAUACUAGUUAUUUGGUUUAGCUCACUGUUAGGAGUUCUCUUUUGGAAAGUUGCAUGAUGGGAGUAUUGCCAUCAAACUCCUGAUGCUCACUGCCUGGCUGGCGUGUGUGUAUGUGUGUUUGUUUGUUUGUUCAUUUUAUGAGGAAUCACUAUGUGGAAUGCACCACAGAGGGUAAUGCAGGAAUACACUUGUAUUCAUUUAAUUGAUCCUUCUAUGCAAGCUGAUACUCCAGGUCGAGUACAUGAACAGUCCAAACAAAGUAUUCAGUGCUGUCCUUUAUACUGUUUUCUGCAAGCCAAGCCACGAGAACUUUCAAUAUUCAUUUGAUGACACCACGAAAGGGCCCCUAUUCAGAUAAAAACGGGGGCGGGGGUGCAGUUCUUCUUGUAGUCCAGUUUACAAGUAAAGUUUAAAUUGUGUAAGAUGUUAAAUGGGGUGUGAAGGACAUAAUAUGAUUUGAGAGGGAUGUACGUGCUAAUUUUCUUGAGUUCUGGGGAGACUGGCUCCAGUUUCAAAAUAUGUUUGACUUUCAUCUGCAGAGCUACAGUUUGAUUUAACCUUGUGUUCCUCAAUAUGGUUCCCAGGGCACCAUCAGACCCCCACUCCCUGCUGCCCGGCAAACUCUUGUGUCUCUCCCAGUCUUUUUCAUAACAGUUGGUUGGCAGGGAUGUUGGCUGUGGUUUCUUUUUGUCUUUUGUUUUAGUUGGGUGUUUUUUUGGUAUAGAUAUUCUGCUUGGUUUCUUUGCUGGGGGUGCGGGGAUGGGAGCAGAUUCUAAGCCAUGGGUAGGCAAACUAAGGCCCGGGGUCCGGAUGUGGCCCAAUUGCCUUCUCAAUCUGGCCCGCGGGCGGUCCAGGUAUCAGCGUGUUUUUACAUGAGUAGAAUGUGUCCUUUUAUUUAAAACGCAUCUCUGGGUUAUUUGUGGGGCACAGGAAUUUGUUCAUUAUUUCCUCCCAAAAAAUAUAGUCUGGCCCCCCACAAAGUCUGAGGGACAGUGGAUCGGCCCCCUGCAGAAAAAGUUUGCUGACCCCUGUUCUAAGCAUGACCAGUUUUUCUUUUGUGAAAUGGGUAUUUGUAUGGUGACAUGAUGUCCUAAUGUGCCCCCAGGCCCAGAAAGACUGGGGACCCCUGAUUUAAGCUAUUUUCCCAUCAAACAUUUUCAGCAUGGCCUCUUUCUGGACUGCUGCAUGCUAAGGUGCAGAAUCUUCACAUACACGCUAACUAUACUGCAACCAGCUGUGACGUGCGUGGACUGGAUGGGAGGUUGCCUGCUCUUGAUGGGGUUACACUCCCUCUGAAGGAGCAGGGACAUCGCUUGGGGGUACGCCUGGAUCCCUUGUUGUUGCUUGAGGCUCAAGUGGCCUCAGUGGUGCAGAGCACCUUCCCGCAGCAUUGGCCGGUGGCCCAGCUGUGCCCACCUGGACAGAGAUAGUGGUUGUCUAUGCUUCAGUAACCUCUAAUUAGAUUACCGCAACACAUACGUAGGGCUGCCUCUGAAGAUGGAUCAGAAACUUUAGCUGGUGCAGGAUUCAGCAGUCAGGUUGCUCACCAGAGUAAGAUGGUUUGAGCGUUAUUACGUUGAUCCUGGACCAACUGCACAGGCUUCCAAAUAGUUUCUGGGUCCAUUUCAAAGUGCUGGUUUUGACCUAUAAAGCCCUGAACAGCUCAGGACUGCAAAAUACCUCAAGGGCCGCCUCUCUCCAUUUGAACCUACCUAGACCCUGCAACCAUCAUCUGAGGCCUUUUCUGUGGGGCUCCCCAUUUGUGGAAUCUUGCCUGGCGCCUUCAUUGCAUAUUUUUAUGUGCCAGGUGAAACAGAUCUUUGGCUGAUUAACUAACAUUAUGUGCCUUUUUAAAUGUGUCUUUAGGAGGAGCGUUAUUGGUUUGUUGUUUGUUUUGUUACAUAUUUUUUAUUCUUAUUUUUCUGUUGUGAACCGCCCUGUGAUCUUUGGGUGGAGGGUGGUAUACAAAUUUAAUAAAUAAUAACAAUAAUCCUGUGUUGGUAUUGCAAGAGAACCAAAAUAGGGUAUUCCAGAUUUCAUUCUGAAACCUCCAGGGAAGAAGGGAAGAGGCAGAAGACUGUUGUGAUCAAAAGCUGUCACGUGUUCAGUCUCUCUGCGCCUUCCAUGUUUAUAAAUGCUAAGCUAGGAGAGAUGUCCCUCUGGUAUUUUUUUGUAUAGGAUCUCCUUCUGUGCAUGCACACGCACAAACACACACACACAUAUAAACAUGUGUCAUGGCAGGCACCCCACAGUGUGAGAACUGCUGGUUUGCACCAUUCUCUCUACAUCAUCAAGGGACGCGGGUGGUGCUGUGGGUUAAACCACAGAGUCUAGGGCUUGCCGAUUAGAAGGUCGGCAGUUCGAAUCCCUGCAACAGGGUGAGCUCCCGUUGCUCGGUCCCUGCUCCUGCCAACCUAGCAGUUCGAAAGCACGAAGUGCAAGUAGAUAAAUAGGUACCGCUCUGGCAGGAAGGUAAACGGCAUUUCCGUGCACUGCUCUGGUUCACCAGAAGCGGCUUAGUCAUGCUGGCCACAUGACCUGGAAGCUGUACACCGGCUCCCUCAGCCAAUAAAGCGAGAUGAGCGCUGCAACCCCAGAGUCAUCCUCGACUGGACCUAAUGGUCAGGGGUCCCUUUACCUUUACCUCUACAUCAUAAAACAAAUGAUUUUUUUUUCCAGAUUUCAGUUUUGUGCCUUUCCCCCUACUAUUGAAAGCUCCAGUUCAAAGCUAUUCUAUUAACUUCCACUAUUUAUACAUCAUUGGAGGUGUGAACUGCAGCUCCCUUUGUCAUGAAAAGAAUAUUCUGAGCUCCUGCGCUGGAGCUGUGCCUAGAAGGCAUAUUUAAAAUUCUGGCAUAAUGAGGAUCAAUUGAACUUAGUCCUCUUAUCACCACACCCAGCCUCUUGUGGAAUGUUGAAAGAGUGAAGAGCACUCCCAUAAAUUCCAGUUGUUGUAGGGCCAAGGAAUAGUGUCCUGGCCGUUCAAGAGAUGAGGGGAAGGGGGCUGCUGCCCGCAGACUUUUUUUUCCCCUCCACCGACCGGUGCAUUCUGGGAACUUUCUGCCAUUUCCUACAAGGCUUUGAACAAUCUCCUUGUGUGUUUUUUGAAUGGCCACUUGUAUGAGAAGAAUACUCUUGCUGCCUGCUUGUUCAUUCAGUCGGCCUGUUCAGCCCAGUCUGUCUCAAAGGCCUGUGUGUAGAGAGGCUUUAUAAUGGUCAGUAAACAGCACACUGCAUCAUCUUUGGACUGCAGCGUAGCUGCAGCACCACAACCCCUAGCAAAUGGGAGCUAGUUGAGUGGAAUGAUUGUUAAUAUUGGUUUGAAAUACUGGUUUGAAUAAUCUAUAGACAUCCUCUUGAAAUAAUUACAUUCUGUGUCAGCUUCCUACGGUACAAUGUAUACAGCAGAGCCAUUUUAUCAAGAUGCCUAGAGAGAGACAGCUCUGACUGAAGAAUCAAAUAGCUUUUCUAAAUUCCGUUUGUAAAACCAAACAUCGCCACACUGGUGUCUUAUGUAAAUACAGAGGGUGAGGGGAAACAAACUGGUUUAAUCGUAAUUAUUGCGGCCCCCACUGUCCUCACCUAGAGUGGUUGGCAGAGAAGUGCUGUCAUAGAUGCAGCUGGACUGUCUCUUGUCAACUUCCUCCUUCCAGCUCACCCGUAUAGCUAGGCCUUCCUGGGUGCAGGUAUUUGAGAGUGUGGGAUUGUGCUGAAUAAGUGUGUCCAGGGAACACUCUGCACAUUCCAGAGCACACUUGCAGGAUUGGCAUGGGCGGUACAUUGCCAAUUGCACCAAAGCCCCACAUUAGAAAUGUUGGUGUAGUUCUUGAAAUCCAGUGCAUGGUUUGGGUUUUGAAAUGAACAAGAGAGGCAGGCUGCAGUUCAGGGUAGCUUGAAUCCCCGCUCCCCCCACCCCCCAAAAAACCUGUGCAUGUUUGCUGGCUUUACACAAUCUCCUAGUUAAAGGCAGAGAGCUGAGAUGGAUGACUAUUCAGAGGUUGCCAUGGGUAUGGCGGUCUUGCAACUCUCAUUGGGAUUUAGCAGCAGCUACCAAUUCUCUGCUAACACAGUAUAUACUCUACUUAGAUGCACUCCACUGACUUUGAUUCUCCUAUCUGCACAUCUGGUUGUCAGAAUAUCAAGGCAUUUUGAUACUGAUGCCAGAGGAAUUUAAAUGUAUUCAGUCCUGUGCGGAGAGCUAGGAGGUAAAAAUGUAACAUUGGCAGCAAAGGACAUCCAUGAUAUCUCCAUUUCUCCCUCUCCCAAAUUAAAAUUUAAUUCUCGUACACCUCUAUUCUUGUUAAGAUUCUGUAUCUUUUCUGAGUGUUGAGGCUGAAACAAAAUCACCUAUCAAUCAGGAGCAGAGGGAGAGAUACCCAAGCACUUCAAUUUGGGGUGAAUCUGCACUUCCUAUUCAAAUACCAGUAUUCUGCUUCCACCUUCAUUUUAGCAAUUAAAUACUCCUCCUGUUCACUGUGUGUAGGUUGUCACUUGAGUGAAGAUUAAAUUAAUGUUCCUCUCUGCUCCAUGUUGAGCAGACAAUGAAUUACUAUCCCAUAUUCCUCUGCAUUGAAUGGGAAAUGUCCCCAGUUGAAAAGUGCGUUUUGACCACCCGUAUCUGUUCUAGAGGACCAAACUUUAAACUCCAAGGCUGUCCAUGCUUGCUUCUUUACCAGUUGCUUCUGGAAAGCUCAAAAUGAUUGCUGGAUUCAGCUGCUACUAGUCAAGUAUAUAAACUUGUACAAUAAACUGAAGGUAAAUUGCCAGUGAUACUCAGUAAUUAUUGGUCUGAAGGCUCCCACUAGUUAGAGACAGGAAGCCUUCCUACCAUUAAUGGUGGUGAAAUGCUUUAUGUUUUGCAGACGUGCUUGGGAAUGCCCAGGUUUCUGGUAGCAUCUGUACAUCCCCCAUAUCUAAAGCAGGUGUAGUACACAUCAUGGUGUUACCCUACAUUCCUUUUUAGCAGCCUGAGUGUGUGCAUUUGAAAUGGUGAUGGUAGCCUGGAGAACUAAGCUGCUGUUGUCUACUGAGUGUACCAACAGAAAGAAUGCUUCACAUUCCUGUGUGUUUUUCUUAAGGAUGGUACUCCAGAUGCAUUUUCCUUCCUUUAAAUGGAAAGUCCCCUUUUCUCUUUUCAAGUUUGGUUAUAUGUAAUGCAAUCUUAAUUUUGGCUCACUUGCUUCAGGAAAUAGCCAUAGUAGCUUUUUCUGUAUUAGUGUGGUGCACUCUAUUUGGGGAUGCCCUGGAGUCUGAUCUGGGAGCUUCAGCUAGUGCAGAACAUUGUGGCUAGACCGGUGCUGGGAGCAGGCUACUGCCAACACAUGACACUGGUGUUAAAAGACUUGCACUGGCUUCCCAUCUGCAACCAGGCCAGGUUCAAGGUUUUUCUGCUAGUGUACAGAGCCCUGAAUAACUUAGGCCCAGAAUGCCUUUCCCUGUAUAUACCAAAUUGAUCAUUGAGAUCAUCUGAUGGAGCUUGGUGGUCAUCCAUGGACCAGAAGUGCAACUCAUAUGAACGAGGUUAUGACUUUAGUGUUGUGGGCCCAACUCUGGAACUCCCACCAGAACUCAGACAGGCACCGUCCCUGCUGAGUUUCAGAUGACUGGUUAAAAUCACUUUAUUUCAGGAAGCCUUUGCAUCAUGAACGCUUCUCCGAUGUUGUUCAAUUUUCUGAUGUUCUUUGUUUAAAUUUAUGGGGUUUAAUUUCUUCUAAAUUUUGCAUAUUUUUAUCGUUGUAAGCUGCUUUGAGACCUAGAUGCUGAAAUGCAGGAUAUAAAUUUUAACAGCAACAAUGUUUAUAGGAUGGACUUUUAAACAUGGGUCAUUUUAAAAGGCUCAAUGAGUUAGGUCAAGAGGGAUUUCAUCAGUGUUUUCACGCAUGGUCUGGUGAGGAAAAGGACCACUGUUGAACUGCCUCUUGAGAAAAUGUUUGUUCUUCAUCCUAUCCCAGUUAAUGGCUGCAUCUGAUAAUAACAAAGUUUGUUUUAUUGUUAUGUGAACAAGCCAUAGGCAUAGCCACAUGGAGGAGAGAACAAGCUUUUGCUGCAGUUAACCAUGGUUUAGUGUUUUAUCUGAACCUGGGCAAACUGUGACUAGUCUUAACUAUGGAUUACUGAAACAAACCAAUUUAAUAAACCAUGGCUUAAAAUUGGCUUGUUUCAGUAAAUGCUUUUUCUGGGUUUAGAUAAUAAACUGUGAUCAUUAUAUUCAACUGCAGCCACUGAUUUGGGUCAGUGUUAAGCUAAAAUACUCAGUUCUGCUCCUGUAACAGUGUAAUGGCAAGUACAAUACUGUGCUUAAAAAGUUAUUGAGUUGCAUUAGAGUGGGUGAGACAGUGCUAAGCAAGCAUUGUUUCCAGACCACUUUCCCCAGAUCACUCCACCGUUUCCGAUGAUGGUGGGCAGCUUGGGUAGGCAUUGUAAGAGGAUGGGUACAUUUUCCCUCCAAGCAUAUUUCAGAGUGGCUUCUUUGUCCUCUUGUGUUAUAGUGUUCUGUACAAGAACAGUGAUUCAACCUUUUCUGAAAAGCAGAAUGGAGCCCCUUCAGCUGCUUAGCAACACUUUGUCCUUGUUACUGAAGAUGUAGCAAAAUGGUUAUCUAGAGAGCAUAGUAUCUUGAUUUUGUACAAGUUUAAUAGGCAGCUGAUUCCCACCCCCAAAGCAGAAAGUGUUGAUUAUUUGAACGCUAUAAGGGCAUGGCUCAACCAGAAGUGUUGCUUGUGAUUGAGAAUGUGCUGUGGGUGGCUGAAGUUGCAUUCCUAAAGAGCAGGCCUUUGCAAAAGGCUGUACAAUGGUACCUCGGGUUACAGACGCUUCAGGUUACAGACUCCGCUAAUCCAGAAAUAGUACCUCGGGUUAAGAACUUUGUUUCAGGAUGAGAACAGAAAUUGCAUGGCAGCAGCGCGGCGGUAGUGGGUGGCCCUAUUAGCUAAAGUGGUACCUCAGGUUAAGAACAGUUUCAGGUUAAGAACGGACCUCCGGAACGAACUAAGUUCUUAACCUGAGGUACCACUGUACACAGACCCUGCUUAGGGUCGUCCUCUGCCAAGGACCACAAUUGAAGUGACGUGGCCCUUCAACACUAGACCCAUUAGAGGGGUCAGGCUUCUUGGCUCCAUAAAGUAUGGUUAAGUCAGGUCAUGUUCCAUUGCUUGGCUACCUCUGGGCUACUGACCUAGGUUUGCUUGGGGAUCACAUGACCCCUUCAGAGUCUUCCCACAAGGAAGGCAUUUGGUUUCUUUAGAAGGGGCAGAUAAAUUAAUCCUUAUUUUCAGCUGGUUGGUUGGGAGGUACAAGUGAGGUCUCUUCUGAAAUCAUUGUCUUUGAGCUGCUACCCAGUCUUCUUCUUCCCAUCCUACUACUGUGGCUUUCAUUAUUUCCCUAAAAUGUCCCUUGUCUAUGCUUGACUUGUGUCUACAGCAUGAAUGUCCACUUAGAUAAUCUGGUUGGUCUACCUAUUGAUAGUGCUACAGAUAGGCCAGAUAAGAUCAGCCCAAACCUGCUCUCUACUACCUUCCAACCUCCAGUGAUAUAGUUUAUUACCAAUUAACUCAUGUAUGAGAGGUAUCCAACCUGUUCUGGAGACGGUUGCACUUCUGCUAAAGGACCUGGUUCAUAGCUUGGGGGCUCUCCUGGGUCCAUUAUAUCACAGAAGCUACAAAUGGCCUUGGUGCUAUGUGUCUUUUACGAGCUUUAAGACAUAUCUGGGUGACUAGCCUAUCUUGAUGUAGAUAACCUGGCUUUUGUGGUCUGUGGUCUAGUAAACGUCUGCCUGGAAUUCGGGCAAUGUGUUGUUUUGUGUGGAGCUGCUUUUGAACACAGUUUAGAAACUUCAGUUGCUGCAGAAUGUAGUGAUGAGGUUAUUAACAGGGGCAGGGCAUUCUGACCAUAUUAUGCCAAUCCUUGCCUGCUUGUGCUGGCUUCCAAUUUGUUUCCAGGCCCAGUCUGAGUGCUGGUUUUAACCUCUAAACCAGGGUGGUCCAAUGUGCGGCCCUCAAUAUCUUUUUUGGGCAGUCUUCAGGAACAUUUGACAUUCUCCCUGAGCCCUCACACUACCUUCCCAAAUAAUAAUAAUAAUAAUAAUAAUAAUAAUAAUAAUAAUUUAUUAGUUGUACCCCGCCCAUCUGGCUGGGUUUCCCCAGCCACUCUGGGCGGCUUCCACAAAAACCAAAAAUACACUAAGAUGUCACACAUUAAAAACUUCCCUGAACAGGGCUGACUUAAGAUGUCUUCUGAAUGUCAGAUAGUUGUUUAUCUCUUUGACAUCUGAUGGGAGGGCGUUCCACAGGGCGGGCGCCACUACCGAGAAGGCCCUCUGCCUGGUUCCCUGUAGCUUUGCUUCUCGCAAUGAGGGAACCGCCAGAAGGCCCUCGGCGCUGGACCUCAGCGUCCGGGCAGAACGAUGGGGUUGGAGACGCUCCUUCAGGUAUACUGGCCCGAGGAAAGUAUAGUGUUGGGCUUUGGGAAGGAGGCAUGAGGGCUCUGAGAGGGACCCAGAGUCCUCCUACCUCCUUCCCAAAGCCUACCUAGCACUUUCCCAGCUUUGGGAAGGAGGUGGGAGGGUCUAGGAUUCUUUCAGAUCUUCAUGCCUCCUUCCCAAAGUCCAACACCUUGUUUAGCCGGCUUUGGGAAGCCAGUGGGGGGGCUGGAGGGUCUUCAAAUUUUGGCUUCACUCCUCGCCCCCAGUCGACAAGGCAGUGUGUGGCCCGUGAGUUCUGUAUUAAAGUACUCUUGCGGCCCACUUGAUGUGAAAAUUUGGGCCUCCCUGUUAUAAACUAAAGCUUACACAGCUUAGGGCCCUGUUACCUGAUGUAACACUUCUUUGCACUAGGUACUACCCAGGUCUUAAGAGCAUGUACAGAAGCCCUCCUCCUUCUGAGGUGCAAAGGGUGGCAGUGAGAGGGUUUUCAGUGGUGACCCACUGCUUUGUAGAAUGCGUUCCCCAACUCAUCUGGCUCCUGCAUUAAUGCCAUUCUGACACCUGGUGAAGAUCUUUAUUUUCUCCCAGGCUAAUAACAAUAACAAUAAUAAUCAAUCUGUUUCAAUAUAUGUUAUUAUCUUGUUCCCUAUAAAUGGACAGUUGGCUUUCAUUUGUGUUUACUGAUUAUUAGUUGUAUUAUAAUCACCUACCGUAUAAUCAAUAUUACAUUUACUUGUGUUAACUUUUUAUUGUACGUCACCUAGAGGUUACAGUGUUAGGCAACUGACAAGUUGAAAAUUAUUAUAUCAUAUAUAAUAUAUCAUAUCAUAUCAUAUCAUAUCAUAUCAUAUCAUAUCAUAUCAUAUAUCAGUAAUAUAGAUGGAACUUUCCUUCCUGUCAAGAUGAAUGUGGCACAGCCAAGAACAAUGUAUAUGCUGCCAUAUUUUAAAUACAGAAAGAAAUCUAGAUGUUUUUGGCUAGGUAUUGUUUGAGAUGUAUACACCUCAAGGUGAAAAUCCUUUGUGAAAAAGGAGAAGUAUUCCAUUCCUGAAGAGCAGAGAGCUACUUGUGAGGAGCCUGCUAUAAAUCAGCCUGAUAUUUUGUUGUACCUCUUGGCUUAUAAAACCAGUUGUGCAGAAAGGAGCGUGACUGGCAUAUGCUUUCAUAUCUGGGACCAGAUGUUGGAAGACAGCAAGGAGGAGGUAAAUUAUUCAUAGUGAAACCAAUGCAUGCAAUAAUAGUUGUACUGGUACAGGAAAGGAAGGUGGCAGGAAUAGACAAUGAAAGCAAAAGAUCACAUGAAUAUAUUCAACAGGAGAACAAAGCAGAAAGAAACAAACUAAAAAUGAAGCUAGCUGUGUAAAUGAGGAUUCCAGUAUGACCAAGUACUUGUAGCAUUUUAUUGCCAGCAAGAGAAGGCAGAGAUUGCCACACUGGAAGUCAAAUUACAGCUUUCAUCAUAAUUGUUCAGGGUUGAGGAACUUUGGCCACCCCAAUCCCUGUUUUUAUCUGGCCCAUUGUCCUUAUGAAUAUUGAUUCUCUGCUGCUUCUGGAAAAGCUGUGUCUGCAUUGGUAUGGGCCAUUGUUAACAUGGGGGCAAUGUUUUCGAAAAAUUACACUUUUGCUCAUACACUUUUGUGUCUGUGUGCAUGGGAAAAGAGGUGACAGGCCAUAUUCGGGCUGAGCUAUAUAACCUGGAAAGUACAGUGGUACCUUGGGUUACAAACACCUCGGGUUACAGACUCCGCUAACCCAGAAGUAGUACCUCGGGUUAAGAACUUUACCUCAGGAUGAAAACAGAAAUCGUGUGCCGGUGGCGCGGCGACAGCGGGAGGCCCCAUUAGCUAAAGUGGUAUCUCAGGUUAAGAACGGUUUCAGGUUAAGAAUGGACCUCCGGAACAAAUUAAGUUCAUAACCAGAGGUACCACUGUAUAUGUGAAGCAUCCAAGGACAAUGUCUCGCUUUUUUUCCUGAGAUCCAGCACCAAGGGCCUUCUGGCAGUUCCCUCAUUGCGAGAAGUGAGGUUACAGGGAACCAGACAGAGGGACUUGUCGGUAGUGGCGCCCGCCCUGUGAAACGCCCUCCCAUCAGAUGUCAAGGAAAUAAGCAGCUAUCUUAUUUUUAAAAGACAUCUGAAGACAGCCCUGUUUAGGGAAGUUUUUAAUAUUUAAUGCUAUAUUGUUUUUAAAACUUGAUUGCGAGCCGCCCAGAGUGGCUGGGGAAACUCAGCCAGAUGGGUGGGGUAUAUUAUUAUUAUUAUUAUUAUUAUUAUUAUCUAGUUACAACCCCUGGAGAUCGAACCUCUCCCUUGAAAAGACUUUGCUACACUGCAAGGAAAGUCACCCUUUUCAGAAGUUUGAAAGAACCCCAAGAGGACACUGUUAACGCCCUUUUGUUGAAGAUAGGUCUACAAGUAGUGGGUUCAGCUAAGGCAAGAUGGAGCUGGUGUAGCAUGAUAGCUAAAGGGUAUGAGCUGAGGAUUCCCUGAAUCACCUUGACCAUAAGCUCACCCGACUGCCAUCUGUAAUCUUCCAUAACUCUGACUCAGCAGUGUGGGUGUGACUUAGCCCUAAUUCACUUUGGCUCCUUUGUUGCAUAAUUUUAAGCACCAAGUAAAAAUAUCUUCUCCCAGACCUUUGGCUAAUUAAACAAUUUAUGACCUUUUGAAGUGCGAGGGUGUAUUUUGUGUGUGUUAGUAUGUUAUGUAUUUUUGUGUUUCCAUGUUGUAAACCACCCUGUGAUCCUUGGAUGAAGAGCGGUAUAGAAAUUUAAUUAAUAAUAUUAGUAAUUAUAAUUAUUUCUACAACUCUCUAUUCAAAGCAUGGGUGCCAUCCUGAUAUUGCUGGACUAGAUCUCCUAUUGUCACUGACCAUUGGCCAUGCUAUCCGGGGCUGAUAGAAGUUGAAGCCCAACAAUAUCUGGAGGAAACCAGGAUAGCUAUCCCUGCAACUAAAAGCAUUGUAGAAAUGCGGAAUGUGACUUUUGGGUAGAUUUAGUGAAACUUUGUAACUAGGGUUCUAGCAGUUGGAGCAAGUUUCCUUGGUUCCGUAAAAAGUUGGCAGACGCUAACAGGGCAUGCUUUAGAAUCAGUUCAGCAGGAUGCACAUAUUCACAGACUCUGGAUAACCGGUUCCCAAAUAUUCCCAUAAGAGGCUCUUUUGCUCAUAUGGCUUGUUUGUUUUUUAAAUAAAGUAUUUUAAAUCUGCGAUAUGCUCAUACGUCACUGAAGCAGUUCUGAAACGGUCUGUCUGCACACAUCUUUCUGUGCAUGCUCAUGGCUGAACAUCCGGCUUAGCUGCUGUUGAAGGACCAUCUAGCAAGACAUGUGGAGGUGCAGAAAGAAAGCAGGCUGUGUGAAGCCUCUGGGUCAGUCCCAGCAGGUGUCCGUUCUCUGAGUUCUCACAUUUCCUUGGGAUUUAAAGAAACAGAAGUCACGAAGAGUCAGACACGACUAAACGACUAAACAACAACAUAGUUUGGGUUUGCACAUAAUGCUAAAAAAGGUAAAGGGACCCUGACCGUUAAGUCCAGUCGCAGAUGACUCUGGGUUUGCGGUGCCCAUCUCACUUUACUGGCCAAGGGAGCCGACAUUUGUCCGCAGACAGUUUUUCUGGGUCAUGUGACCAGUAUGACUAAGCCGCUUCUGGCACAACGGAACACCGAAACCAGAGCAGCGCAUGGAAACGCCGUUUGUCUUCCCGCCGGAGUGGUACCUAUUUAUCUAUUUGCACUGGUGUGCUUUCGAACUGCUAGGUGGGCAGGAGCUGGGACUGAACAAUGGGAGCUCACCCCGUCACGGGGAUUCAAAUUGCCGACCUUCUGAUCGGCAAGCCCUAGGCUCAGUGGUUUAGACCACAGCGCCACCCACGUCCCUGCACAUAAUGCUAAACUGUGAUUAAUCAAUACUAUUAGCACAUGCUUCCCUCCCUUUCUCAUGGCCAUGACAGAGCCAGAGCAAGAGAGGGAGGGCAGAGCAUGUGAGCUUGGAGCAUACAUUGGCUCAUCCUUGUAACACUAAACUUGGGCCAUUAAGCCUCUGAGAUCUCCCUCCCAUUAAUCAUGAGAUCACAAAUGUUACCCUUCUCCAGUGCUCCUUUUUUGGGGGGGGGCGUACGCAUGGAUAUGCAUACCCCCUAAACAUUUUCUGAAUCUUUGUACUUUUGUCCAUUUACUGUAUUUAUUUCCCCCGAUUUGAACUAUAAAAUCGUGAUUUUCUUGCGUCAAAAUGAGAGUACCCCCUAAACAUUUUUUUUGGGGGGGGAGCACUGCCCUUCUCCCUGAAAAGUACCUAACAGCUGAAGCAGGAAACCAAACAAACUGCUCCUUUCUGCUCCUUUUACAGCUCUGUGUAAGUCUCAGAGCUCUUGAACAGAAAGUGGAGAAGCCAAGAGGAUAGAAAGGAAAGGAAAGAAGUCUGGGAGACUGUGCGGAGGAAAACAGAGAAACUAAGGUGCACACACAUGUUGGAUCCAGUACAAUACACACACCAUAUUUUUUUUUUAAUUGCAAAUCCCACCCCACCCCCACUGGCUAUCUCAUUUCAGAGCUCCUUCCAACACUCAAUGCUGCUAGCAAAAAUGCCUUUUUAUUAUUUGUAAGCCAAGAUGCAUAUCUGGUUAUAUGCAUGUAUUUUCUAUAUUAGCACCCACCCCCCUCCAACAACCUGCAGCAGGAAGGGGCUUUUGUCAGGCUCAGACAUCCAUUCCCAGCUCUUUAUUGCCUAAGAAUUAUAGUACAGUGGUACCUCGGGUUACAUACGCUUCAGGUUACAUACGCUUCAGGUUACAGACUCUGCUAACCCAGAAAUAGUGCUUCAGGUUAAGAACUUUGCUUCAGGAUGAGAACGGAAAUUGUGCUCCGGCGGCACGGCGGCAGCAGGAGGCCCCGUUAGCUAAAGUGGUGCUUCAGGUUAAGAACAGUUUCAGGUUAAGUACGGACCUCCGGAACGAAUUAAGUACUUAACCUGAGGUACCACUUUAUCCUGCAGUAUCAGUGCCUUAGAUUCCUACACUUAGUGCUCAGGCCAGUGCUGGGCAAAUCAUAGUGUCCCUGGACCUUAGGUGUUUGCAUGAUGUCACUGGUCUUGCCUGGAACAAAGAGAGAGAGGGAUUUCUGCAACUCAGGGCUUUGCUACGCAGCAUACAGUGCAUUGGUCCUUACUGCACAGCAACUGAAAACAUAGGCCUUUGGUUGAUCUUAUUGACAUCCAACACCCUUUUAGAAUGUGGCUUUUUGGGGGGGGGGUAUUGCUUUUGGUUUGAUUUUAUAGGUUGUGGUCUUGUUGUGAACCGCCCUGAGACCUCCAGGUAUCGGGCAGUGUAUAAGUUGAAUGAAUAAGUAAAUAAUAGCCCUGCUCUUUUUUUCUAAUGCAAAGUUUUAAUGUUCAAAAAGCACUUCUGUUUCUUUAAAUCCCAAGGAAAUGUGAGAACUCGGAGAACGGACACCUGCUGGGACUGACCCAGAGCCUUCACACAGCCUGCUUUCUUUCUCCACCUCCACAUGUCUUGCUAGAUUAUCUUUCAGAUAUUUGCAAAGCUUAAGGCAGGUGCUGUAUGAGGAAUGCAACUUGGAGUUCCUCCUUUAAAAAAAAAAAGGUUAAGCAUGUGUUUCUGUCACGGGUCUGCAGAUGGCAUGGGGUGUAUGUGGAGUAUUUAAGCUGUAGAAUAUCAAGCCGUAAAGAUACCAUGUACAUUGUUUAAAAAGCUAUCUUGGUUUUCAUUUUAAAAGGGGUUGGUAUUUGGACAGGAGCAACUUCUUCUGCAGGCUAGUAGUUUCCCUUCUUGCCGUAAGAAUCAGUAAGCCCCUUCCCUUCUCCCAAGCUCUGCUAUGUCAGAACUUCCAAACAACUUGACUAAAGAGAGGCGAACAUGACAGAAUCUUCUAUAGUCUUUGAUUUUCCUCCACCCCAGAAGAGAAAUAAGGAAGAGAGGGAGGGAGAGGAAUGCAAUAUAGAUGGUAGUAGCCUAUUUAGUUAGUAGAAAAUAAAAUUAAAUGUAUUUUUAUUUCAGCUGCUUUGGGGACCCUUUUUAAGGCCCCCAAAGUGACACAUACUUAUUCAGAUGAAUUUUAUUUAUAGAGCUUGGAUGAUGUGGAAAUUUGUUGGCAAGAUACUUGAAGGGAUUUUGAGGCUUAAGCAAUGGCAAAUGGGGAAGGGGCUUAGACGAUAAAGGGGGAGUUGACAAGGGAAGAUUGGUGCUAGUGCUGUUGAAAGGAUUUUGGCAGGCAGUACGUGGAAAUAUUGCUUGGAUGAUGAGGGCUGGGAUAUUUCUAAACACGCUCUCUGCUAUUGGUGAUGCAAAAAUAUGUGUGUUGCCUCUGGACAUAUUUAUUAAGUGAGCGUUUUGACCUUCUGGCUCAUCUGAAAUUUAACAUCUCUAGCCUAAAGGCAACUUAUUGUCUGGCCAGCACCUUGAGGGGAAAGGAAGACAGCCUGGGUAUUUCAUUAUAUGCAGCUCUGAGCUCCUUGGAAAAAUGUCUCCCCAAAGAAGGCAUGAACACACCAUCAGCUUUCCUCCCCCCUUCCAUUUUGCUAAGUGAGAUCUCGCCAAGCAUUGCUCACAUCUUAGAAGUUAAGCGUUUUUAAGAACAACUUAUUCUUCUUACAAAUAAGACUGAAAUGGUCUCUUUCACACAUAAAUGGAAGAAGUUGUUAACAGCUUUUAACUAUUAAUUGCUUUGCCUGAAUCAAUCAAUUAACAUGCUCUAUUGGAGAGCUUGCUGUUAGUGAUGGGAUCAGUCUGCAGCAUCCCUCCUAAUGAAGCAAUACGAAUCUCCUUCCAAGUGGUACCUGUUAGAGUCAGGUGCUCCCUUUCAUAGAAGUUGGAUUGGAUUCUGAGGAUCACCCAGUCCAACCCGAAUAUGCAGCUGUACCAUACAGGUUUCGAAACUGCAAGCUUAGUGUUAUCAGCACCACACUCCAACCAACUCAGCUAUCCUUAGGACAUGAAGCAUCACUCUGUUUCUUAACACUGCAGCCCUGGAAAUACUUUGCCUCACUAUACCAAGAAGUAUAGAUUCUGCUUUUUCAGAAAGGUGAUUCUGGAACCAGGGGGAAACAAACCAUUCAACUGUGUGCUAAUUAGGCAAAGGCAGAUAAAAGUUAUUGGAUGAUACAGAUCACGUCGAGACAUCUCAUUCUGGUUUCUGGGCCCAGAGACUGAGACUGCAUUGGUGGACAGCCUGUGCUGGACUAGGGAGUACAUCUAUGUUCUCUUGGACCUUUCAGGCCAUCAGCCAUGGUAUUUUUCAGGAUUACCUGGCCAGUCAGGUCCUGGGGAGGGCAGUGAUUUGUGCUGUUUCUGGUCCUUCUUGGAGUGCAGGUUUCAGAAGGUGGUCCUUGGCCAUUGGGUUGUCAUGUUCCCCGUCUUCCAUCCUGAUUGUCAUUGGAAUGAAACAGCGGGGAGGGGGAUUGUCCAGAGAAUUAGAGCGUGGGGUUGUUUGUAUGUGGAUAACAUGUAACUCAAAUACUGGGAUCGUCUAUGAAGGCAGUUGAAAUCCUAAACUGGUGCCUGGGAGCAGAGUGUAGUCUAACAACCUGAAAACCCAAACAAGACAAAGUUAUCUUGGUCAGCGAGAAAGAUGGUGUGUUUGACCUGUUUUUGGAGGGGAAGCACUCCCUUCGAAGGGCUCAGGUUUGCAGUCUGAAAGUGCUUCUGAGCCCAGCUUUUCUCGUUGGCUCCAUUUGGCAAUAGUCAGAAGUGCUUCUGCAUAGCUUAAGACAGUGUACCAUCCUUGGCCUUUUCCUGGAGAAGGCAGAUACAGCCACUGUCACACAUUUGCUCAUGUUCAGCUUAGACAACUGCAGUUUGUCUCAGAACUGGCAGCUGAUGCAGAAUGUUGCUCCUAAGCUGCUGAUGAGGCCUCCCAUCCAGAGCAUGAUAUUUUAGCACUCUUUGAUCUAUACUGGUUCCUGGUUUAUUUCUGAGCCCCAUUUUUAAAGUGCUGGUUAUCACCUUCAAAGCCAUAAAUGGUUUGGGUCCAGGGUGUAUUGAAGGACAUACUCCCUUAUUAUCUGGCUUUUUGUUGCAGAUGCUUGAUGUCUCUUCUGUAAUUUAUUUCUAUUUAUUUUUUGCAGCUUAUUUCAUUCAGUUUCUUGUCUUAAAAUAACUUAAAAUAAUAAUGAUGUAAGCAGCUCUUGGGGGACUUUUUUUUUUUUUGCCCCCAAAACAGCACAUAAAUUUUAAUGUAAUUGAAUAAAUUGAGCUUCAGUUUGGCAGUGUAAUUAAUACAUUUAGUGACAGGUGUGCAGAGUUGACGGCCUUUGCCCUUAUAUUUGAAUUCUGGAAAGGAAAGGAUGACUUUACAUUGGGGUAUGGAGCAGGGGCCAUGGUGGAUGUAUUUCCAGGAAGUUGUCAAACGUUCUUACAAGGAAACUGCUACAGCUAGCUGCGUUCUUGUUUUGUGACACAUGUUCCGAGUCUAUCCAGAUUCUCAAGUUGCCAUAGCGGCUAACUAGAGAAUUGGAUCAGUUUAAUUUCUUCUCUCAUGCAUUGUUUUCCCAGUAUAAAUCAGCCACCUCUGGCCUGCUGGUCCUGCUGGGAAAUGCAUACAAUCGAUUGUGAUAUUGGUGUGGGUGGCGGGAAAAUUUAACUCUCCCCCCCCCCACUCUGUCCAUCGUUCAUCAUUCUUAUGAAGUGUCCCACACUCCCCUGGCUGAACAACUUAACAAGUUGGAAAAUUAGAUCUUCCACCUCUCAUUUAACUUGCCCCUUAAGUGGCAAAUGUCAUCCAGGUGGAAACAUGUGAUUGAAUGCUUCAUAACACACCCCCAACAUGCCCUCACCAUAGAAAACUAAUAUAUCAGGGGAAAUAAGUUGAAACAUAUAAUAUUUUCACUGACAUACUAGUUUUUCCUUUUGUGAAGUAAUAGUCUGCCCCCCAUUCUAUGAGACUUCAUGCAGGGGGGCACAAAGCCAGGCCCCUCUUCUUCCAGCACCAGUCUAGAUACUAAAUGGCGCCAUCCCAUAGAUUAAGAGGCUCCAUGUUUCAGACCUUCACCCUCAAGCUCAUGGGGGAACUAGAUUAGCCUUUCUCAACCUUUGAUGCCCAGAUGAUUGUGGACUACAGCUCCUAUCAUCCCUAGCCAGCAGGACCAGUGCUCAGGGAUGAUGGGAAUUGUAGUCGAACAACAUCAGGGGACAUGUUCUCGUUGUCAAUUUACAAAAAAAAAACUUUGUAAACCAGAGUUGCAGCUUGUUCCCAGUUUCAAGAAGGGUGGGGCGGGUGGGCAGGAAGUCUUAGGCGCCACGUUCAUUCCUUCCCCCUACACAUCCCCCCUGCCCCAUAGGCCUGUUUUCUGUCCCUGACAGUUUCCUGCCUAACAAAUGGUGUUUCUUUUUUACAGCAUAAUGAUCCGGGACUUGUUGUGGUGAUGGUAAACUUAGUGGUAAUUUUUAAUUUUCAGACUGAAUUUACUUCUUUUUUUGUCAUCAGAGCACCAAAUAUGUUAGGCUUACUUUUCUCUGUUGUAGCCUUCAUCUUUUCUGCUUGGUCUUUUCAUUUCCCUUUUUUUCCUUUCCAUUUCUUCAUGCACUCUUUCGUGUCUGAUCCUUGUUCAUUGAGGGGUUAAUGCUCAGAAGGGAUGUUUGUGUUAGAGCUGCCAAAAAUUUGUGGAGAAUCACUUCAAAUAUCAAAUUUCUAAUAUUGUCCAAACUUGAUUUCCCGCCUCCCUUCUCCCAACAUGUGGUGGGUGUUGUUAGCAGUUGCUACGGCAAUUUUCUAGCUAAUUGAAAAACUAAAAACUUUGACUGCCUUAGAAAGCAAAAGUACUGAUGCAUUCUUCAUAUUAUGAAGGAGCCCGCCACAAUCACAAACUUGGAUACAACAAUCACAACUCUUGAAGAAAACAAAACAAACAUUUUUGGGGGGUAGGGAAAUGUGUAUAGUUUUUAAUAAGCUAUCAUGAAUUUGGUCCUUUUGCUCAAAAUUGCAGUCACUGCUUCUUAUACCAUUGGGCAUAAAAUCCCCUCCCCACCUCCCUUUUUACUGAAAAUGUGCAUAUCCCUAUAUAAAAGCUACAUUGGUGGAAAAUGCUAUUGGAGAGACCAGUUUUUCUAGAUUUGAAUCUUUCAGCCCCACAUUCCAAAUUAUAAAUAUAUUGAAAAUGGUUCUUCUGUGUAAGACACUUGUUUGGUUUGGAACCAUGCUGAUAUUCAUUCCCAAGUUAAAUUUAUGUCUGGGAGAGUCUGGAAUUGGUUUGUCUUUGUUUUGAUGGCACUUCAAGUGCAAAGAACUCUUCAAUAAAAAACCCCUCACAAUGAUCUUGUGAGGAAGGCCACAAUUCAUACUGCAGAGAUAAGGAGCAGAGGCAAGGCCACCCGAGUCCUUUGACAGAGGUGAGAUGUGAACCCAGGUCUCUUAAGUGCAGCCCUCUGUCAGAUGGACUACACUAGCUCUAAAAAGUCAAAAGGUGUUGAUAGCCAACUUUUUGAGACAUGGGUUCUCUAAAGCAAUACCUCUUGUGCCAUGUGGAUUGGUUUUGACAAUCUGGUCUCCUUAUUUUGGCACAACUCAAGCUUGGACAUCUUUUGGCCCAAGGGUAUAAUAAUAUGUGUAUUUGUGUGUAUAACAAAGAGAGUAUAUUAUUGACACCGAUCCCCCCAAGACAGAUAAUAAGGGAAGUAAACGUUCUGUUUUUUCACUCAAGGUAUGCACCGGAUAAGGUAAGUAACUCCUUUUUUCCAGUGGCCUUACAUCACAACUCACAGCGCAUGUUGUGAUGUAAAAAUAAACACCCCCCCAAAGGCUGUGAUAGUCAAAGUGCUCGUCUGCCCCAUUUUGCUUUGUUUGGCUGGUUAUGAGUGAAUUAAAAAUACGUACGGAAUCUUCAGCAUAGUUUGAUUAGUUUCAAAGUCAGUUUUCUUCGCAACUAGUCCUUUUCACAGCUUACAAGUAAAGGAUAGGACACCCAGAGUGGCAGAAUCCAGGAGGCCCAUUUUUUGGUUGAAAGUCUUAAAGCUUAACAUUGCAGAGGGAAGAAUUCUAUAUUCCUAUGACAUCACUUCAGUAUUUUGUUUGUAAAGCUAGACUUGCUGGGCAUUAAUGCAUUUUUAUUAACUAGAACAUUUCUGAUCUUCAGCCAAGAUCAUUCAAGAAUACCUAGUAUUCUGUUUCAUCACCUGAAUCUCUCUUUUGUGUUCUUCCUCCAUGCCCUGAAUUAUUUUAUCUUCCAGUGUGAGGGUGUUUGAUCUCACUGUAAAGUUGCUAGAAUAUCUGGGCUGAGAGCUGCCGGCAGCAAGGGCUAAAAGCAGAACAGGUCUGGCGCCCGAAAUGUGCGGGCUUGUGAUUGUAAGCUGUGAGAAUGGCUUGUGUUUGGUUCUCUGUAGCUUUCUGGUCUCUGCACUCCAAGGCAAGAUCUCUAACCAACCCAAACCCAAUGUGUACAAAGCGACUCACCAGAGGCUGAUCAUUCUCCCCACCCCACCCAACACACCCCUAACCGGUUUUCUUCUCUUGCAGGAAGGACGGAUCCCAUCCCGAUUGUCGUCAAAUAUGAUGUCAUGGGCAUGGGACGGAUGGAAAUGGAGGUAAGUGAUCUACCAUUCAGUGUACAGUAUGUGUUGUUGUUGUUUAGUCGUGUCUGACUCUUCGUGACCCCAUGGACCAGAGCACGCCAGGCACUCCUGUCUUCCCUGCCUCCCGUAGCUUGGUCAAACUCAUGCUGGUAGCUUUGAGAACACUGUCCAACCAUCUCGUCCUCUGUCGCCCCCUUCUCCUUGUGCCCUCCACCUUUCCCAACAUCAGGGUCUUUUCCAGGGAGUCUUCUCAUGAGGUGGCCAAAGUAUUGGAUCCUCAGCUUCAGGAUCUGUCCUUCCAGUGAGCACUCAGCACUGAUUUCCUUAAGAACAGAGAGGUUUGAUCUUCUUGCAGUCCAUGGGACUCUCAAGAGUCUCCUCCAGCACCAUAAUUCAAAAGCAUCAAUUCUUCGGCAAUCAGCCUUCUUCUAGUCCAACUCUCACUUCCAUACAUCACUACUGGGAAAACCAUAGCUUUAACUAAACUGACCUUUGUCGGCAAGGAGGGCUAUAGAGAUGCUUUAUACAAUAAUAAAAAUGCAGUGCCUCUGUACAUAUGGAGCUCCUUGGGGGAGGGGGUGCUUUUGGAAGAUUUUGAAUAUCUUCAAUGACUUGACAUUGAGAACACAGACUCCUCCUCCUCCACUUUUCUUUUCCUGGAAAGAAAGUUGUAUAUUAGCCUUCAAUCAGCUGAUUAAAAUAGUAAUUGAACAUUUAACAAACAUAUUAAUUGGGUCUGUUACUAUUCUUGUGCACAAAAGUUUGCUUAUCCCCUAAAAAAUACAAAACUGCCCCACACCUGUGCCAUGGGAAAGGUUACUCAGUUGAUGCUGUUGAUGAUGUGAGCAAAACUCGCCAAAUUUAAGAAAGUAACCUAAUGAACUGAUGAACUAUAAUCAAUGUCGGAAGAAUGCAGCAUAUUUUGAUUGCUGAGCACACUGGAGAAGCAGUGGUGACUUCUCUGCUUUGUAGCUGAUGCCAAACAUCCUACCAGAAGUUCCCAAACUGUGGCCCGCAAGCUUCACUCUGGUAGUCCAUGACAUGUGUGUAAAACUAUAAUUAAAAAUCAUACAGUCUCUAGCGCAGUGCCUUACAAUUGCUACAGUUGUCUUCUCAAAACAUGAGCCGGGGCCAUCCAUUGGAAUUGCCGGCAGAUUCAUGGAAAUUCAGAAGUACGUGGCGUCAGUUUCUGCUAGAUGUGGUGAAUCCUGUUCAUUUAGAAGGCUUUAAAAGGGACCAGACAGAUGGAUGGUGGUUUCAUGCUGCUAUUGUUAGUAGCUAUCAGUUAUAAUAAUUAAAUUUGGGAUUUCCAAAAGUUCAGAGUCAGUAUAGUCAGGAAGGGACUCUAGCUUUGUGUGCUGAGGUUUCCAGGAUCUCUUCUUGGCACCUCCAGUUAAAAGGCUCUCCAGGACUAGGAAAAAUUUCUGCUUGAGACCUCGGAGAGUCUCUGUCAGCCAGAGUAGACAGAAUAGGCUCUGAAUAAAACAAUGCAGUUAUUUCUUAGACUGGGUUGGCAUAAAUUUUGAAUGUUGCUUUCUUUUUUAGGGAUUAAGCUUGGCAGUAUUGUGGGGGGAACUGCCCUCUUCUUUUUCUUUUUUUAUCCUAUUGAAACCUUAAUGUCGGGCUCCUAGUUUUGUGCACCUUCAUGCUUAGAGAUUUUUUUUCUUAAAUGGUGUAUAAAUCUUGCUUAAUCAAAUAAAUAAAACUAAUUUCCUUGAAACAAAAAUCUAUUGCUUAGCAUCUGGUGUCCCUACUGGGGGUUCGCCAGCAUGGAAAGAAUUAGCUAAUUGUUUUGUAUUUUGUUCUCACUGUGGGGACGAGCAGACUCACAUUGGAGAGGAAUCAGUUGCAUGUUUGCUACAUGUGACGUUUUCUCUGGUUGGGUAAUGCUCACUGUGCAUGCAUGGCUGACUGAUCUCUCUCUGCUUUUGUUGAUUAGCUUGAUUAUGCCGAAGACGCCACAGAACGGAGGCGGGUCUUGGAAGUGGAGAAGGAAGACACCGAAGAACUGAGACAGAAGUACAAGGUACCCAAAUGAAUUCCCUCUGCUGUGGAUGAAACGUCUUUGUGCAGAUUCAUUUGGUCACACAUGCACAAGACAUGAACUUUAUAAACCAGUCAAGGGACAAGAUCCAUUAGUGGACCAUUGACUGGUUGCUGGAAUUCUUCCGAAGGCACUGUACUAGCAGAAUGCGUUUCAGGUCCACCCAGUUUCAACUAUUAAACUUAAUAGCCAAUUCCUUCUGGGAAGCCUUCUAGUGGCCCUAGAUCACAUGGCUGAUGGCAGAGGCCAGAGCCUGUGCUUCCCUUCAGUUCUUCAGUCGCAGGUAACUGACACAUUUUCCUGUACUUGGGAAGGGAACAAACUCCCUGCAGCUGCUCCUUCUCUGGCCGAUAAAUGGGGCCGGGUUGGUCUCCCCCUUGCCAUGAUGAUCUUUCCUGGUAGCAGGAGGUGUAGCCUCAGGGACCCUUUGUGCCUGGCCAGUGGUAGAGGCCUCUUGGAUUCUGCAUUCCUAUGGCAACUAGCGGCUUAAAAAACCAGUACAGUGGUACCUCCGGUUGCGGACGGGAUCCGUUCCGAAAGUCCGGUCUGAUCCAGAGGUUUCCGCAACCUGAGGACCGCUUCUGUGCAUGCACACGCAGCAAAACCCUGUAAAAUACUUCUGGGUUUGCUGCUUUCACAUCCCAAAGUUUACGCAUCCAGAGGGUUACGUAACCAGAAGUACUACUGUAUAGCCUAAGCAGUGAGUUGAAAAGUAGCGGCUAAAUAGACUGUUGCCAGUAGGCCUUUUUAAUGCUUUCUAGACCUUUCCUGACCAUUUUGUUGUUGCUGCGCUAGUUAAACAGAGUGUAAUAGACUCUGUCUGCUGUUACAGGAUUAUGUGGACAAAGAAAAGGCGAUUGCCAAGGCCCUUGAGGACCUUCGAGCAAAUUUUUACUGUGAGCUCUGUGAUAAGCAGUAUCAGAAGCAUCAAGAGUUUGACAACCACAUCAAUUCCUAUGACCAUGCUCACAAACAGGUAAAUGGGCAGCCUAUUGUCUUAUGUGGUUUGAUCAUCUUCCUGUGGGGAGAGGCAGUAGUUUUAUCCAUACAGUGACUUUAUUUUCUGUUGUCUGCUUUGCCGUCAUCUUCCCCACAGUCUGCCUUGAUGCCCCAUGGUUUAGUGAAUGAUUGCAGCUGAACUUAAUCCUAGCAUCAAGUGUUAAUUUUUUGUCCUGGCUUGGAAGGAAAUUAAGGCAGCACCUGUUUUGGACUUUGGUAGUAGGUUAUAGCUUAAAGUGUGGGGGGGGCAGGAUUUAGAGUUAUGGAAAUUGAUAUAGUUAUAGAUUUUGUGUAAAUAUGUCAGGCUCGAAGGCUUUCACAUCUAAUGUAGGAGGUAAACAGUUGGAAGCUUUUGAUAAUGUAGAAUGGACAACAUUACACAAUAGAAAGAAAGCUCAUUAGAUCAUUAGUGUCAUUUUGAUAUUUUUGGCAAACUGUAACGGGCAGAAUGAUCCUCAUUUACUGGCCAGGUCUUUUAAAUCAUGUUUGCCUGAUUUUUGCAGUAGAUAUAAAGUGUAAAAAGCAGGAGAAGGGGCUCAAGUUUCCUUUGAAGCUCCUCUGACCUGUGUAAACCUAAAUGUGAGACUGUGGAAGACUGUGAUCUCACUUUGUGGAGUGAUCUGAAUUCUGGGCAUGCUCAGAAGCAUUCAUGUUCUAAGGCUAGGAUUAUCAACAUGAGGCCCAUGAGAUCACUGACACCCUUGAGAGCUUGACCUGGUGCCCAUGAGGCCUCUGAGAGUCUUUCCUAUUUCCUCUUUCAACGCCUUGUGUUUUCCAAAGUUGAGUUUGGCAUUUGAGCAGCCGAGAGCAGAGCAACAGAGAUGUUAGAAGGGAAAGGAGGAAGAAAACAGAGGUGCAAGGAAAGAUAAGGUGUGGUGCCAAGGGGGGUGGAUGAGGGGGGGAGAAUAAAUUUGUGCGAGAGAAGGCAUGUGCAGGGAUUCACACAUGCCUGUGUCAGAUUCAGAAAAAUUGGUCUUCUUAGAAUUGCAUGUUUUCUUCAUGUUUCCUCUUCCCCCAACAAUCAUCAAAUUGCAGGUCAUACCUGCCUCCAUUGACUUAACUGUGAAAAUCAUACAUUCAGUUCUUUUUACUGUGCAGUUUGCUACGGUGCAGUUUGCUACUGGUGGAAGCUUUAAUUUAGUGGGGUUUAAGGGGACACUGUGUAAAAUCAGACAUACUCAAGUGGAUCUGUUUUUAAUUCUGUUAGAUCUCAUAUUUACCCGGACACCCUGGAAUAGUAGAGAGACCCACAUGCAUGUACCUUUGCUCUUUCUGUUUUGUCUAGCACAGGGAAAGGUAUGGAGAGGUGGCAGGGUGGUGCUCACAACACUCUCUCACAUGGGCCCAAAAAGGUUGGCAACCCCUACUUAUGUCAAUGUAAUCAGGUCCCAAAACUGAGGCUUUGGGGUGGGGUGAUACUUCAAUCAAUCUGACCUCGUUGCUUUUAUUGUUUUGUUGUUUUCUGUGGUUUUGAAGUGUUAUAGCUUUAAUUCAAUAUUGAUUUUGUGUAGGCUUUAACUUCUGUUAGCUGCUUUGAAUUUCAAUAAAGGAGGGGGAUAAUAUUCAUAAAAUGGGUGCUUCAGGUUUGAAAAUUUAGAUUUUUUUUAAAAAAAAUAGUUCUUGGGAAUAGAUGAGCAUUGGAGGAAACAGCUAAGAAACCUUGUAAAGUGAGAGUAGGACACAGUCCUGCUUAAUCACCCCAUAUUGGUUCUGGUGGCAGCAUCACCCUUCUCUUGUGGAGUGAGAGAGAAGCCCCUCAAGUCAUCUGGGGCAAAAUUAUACAGAUGUCACAAUGAAAAGAAAACAGGAAAUGAGAUUGUAAACCUAUUUUGCCAACAAAUAUGCUAACUGCUGAAAGCACACUUUGAGUUGUAUCAGAAUUCUUGAAGCUUAGGAGUACAGAGCAUAACCAUUAAAAAAAUAAGAUCAUGGUGGUUAUGUAUGCUAAUAUAAGCCUAAUCUUUAGAGCACCAGAAAGUGUUCCAACUAGGGGCUGUUCAUUAGGGAGAUUGUGUCUGGAAAUCAGGAAACUCAGUGUCUACCUUUUGCUUUUUUUCACAGUUCAAGAAGGAAAGCAUUUGUGCUUCAAGGCAUUUUUGCUUCACACCUUUCUUAAAAUAGAGCAGGGAUGAGAAACCUCAAGCCCAUAGGCUUAAUGAGGACUGCCAGGCUGUACCUGUCAUUCACCUGAUGUCAUAUAAAACGUCAGGUGUGGAGCAGGGAAAUACCUGGCUCAGCCAAAAGGGGCUAAUCAGUGGUGCCUUUCAAAGCCCCUUUCAAAUCAUUGGCUCAAGAUCAUGCUUUGAAAUAAGUUUCUGAAGGCCCUUGUGAAUUGAAGUCACCUAAUAUAAUAGUGAUGUCAGUUGAUAGGCAAGUGGGUGACUCAACCCACUGGUCAGACAUGGACUGUGAGGAAGGUGGAAGCUACUGAUUUGGCCCUCCUGCCUGAUCCAGUCCCCACCCCUGAAAUAGAGAGAAGCAGCUUCACUUGUCCUUUAGUUAGCUGAGCUGAAGAUCGGUUUGAAAGCAUGCUGGGUCAAAAGGUAAAUUCAGGUCAGUGAGAGGAUUUGUUAUUUCACUCCAUCUCUAAGUUGCUCAUGGCUUACAUUUUUCAUCUCUUCCUCCAGCCAUGUGCAUCCUCCCCCUCUCCCCCCGCCAUGAUCUGUGCCAAGAUUUAAUUUGAACUGCAGCAUUUCACCAGCGUUCGGUUGGAGAUCUGCUGCAGCAGAACCUUUUUUUCAUGACCCUGCAAGUAGUCCACUUCAGCGGUGGAUGUCAGCCAACAACCUCUUAGCUUCACCUUCGCCUGUGGAAGGAAUGCAUGGUCACUUAUAUAUACACACUUAACUUUGGGAUUCAUUGUUGAUGAAUCUGUCAAGGAAGCCAAGUCGAGCACCUGAGCAAAUCCGCUCUUGGAACAUGAAGAAAUGACUUUGGUUAUUAGUGAGUUAAGCUGACCUUGUGUUUGAAAUAAAUCAGGCACAGGCAAUUUAGAUGUCGGUCCUAUGUGGCUUGCUAGCUUGCCUUCACAACAACACUUAAAAAAAGAAAAAAGGAAAGGAAUCUACAUUAAUAUACCUUGAUUGGGGAAGCUUAUAACAUGUUAGAAAGCUUCCCUCUUGAUGUAUUUCCUCCUUCUACUUCCCUUAGCUGCUUUUCCUUCCCUAGUCCCCUGUGGCUCUUGAGAUUCUUUCUUCAGAAUAAUUUUUAUUAGAUCAGGGCUUUCGAAAAAUUGUCAAUUUACUUGCUCUAACUGCAUUCCUGCCAGCUCAUUUGAAUUUUCACCCUCAGCUUUCCUCUUCAUUCCCACCCCACUAUUCUUCCCAUGUCUCUUGAAUCCGCACCACCCUACUUCAUUGCUCCUUCACUGAUAGUGUUCCUUCCCCUAAACGUGGCAUCGUUAUCCAUGUCACUGUCACACACACCCCCGAAAAGUCAUGACCAGGUAGAGAAGACAUGGUUGUUACUCUUCAGGAAGGAAUUAAACUUCAGGAAUGGCAUCUUCAGCUAUUUGAGCUGUUCAGCACUAGUACAAGCUGCCCAAGGAGACCUUGGAAUUUUCUUUAUUUGAAGUUUAAAGAAAGGAAUGACUGUGGUAAAAGGUGGUUAAAGACAGGACCCUCUAGUGAUGAGGAUUGUGUAUUGGAACCACCUGGUCCCAGUUUGCUGUUCUCAUGGUGACAGGCUGGGAACCAGCUUGUGGUGCAUUUUUUCCUGUGGUCUCUCAAAAUAAUGGGGCAUAAAAAGAGCUACACUUUGCACCUACUUAUUGGCCACUGAAUUGCUGUUAUUUAAAAUUAACUCAAGCUGUGGGAUCCUUCCUUUUGGAGGAGCAUAGGACAGUUUUAGGAGAGUCCUGGGUGCUGGGACUGUAAGAAUGAUCUGAAGUUGAGCAGAAAGUUGAGUAGCGACUGGGGUUCCUCUUUCUGUGUCGCACCCCUAUAAUGGGAAAACACUGCAUGUUACCACCGGGAAAAGAAACUGCUUCAUUUUACUCAUUCAGGUCAGUGUCCAGAGCAUCCAGACCUCUUGCUCGAGGGAGUGGGGUGUGUGGGAAGGAAAUAGGAGCAAUCCUGCUCAAAGAAUCUUUCAUUCACCCAUUUUUAAACCAUAUUGAUAAGAGGACUCUACAGUACCAAAAAGGGAUGCUGGCUUGGUACCAGUUCUGGACUGUCAACACCUUCAUUCAUUCCUGUAAGUUUUGGGUAGCCUCCCAUGCCAGAAUCCUCCUCCUUCUCCACACCACCAUGUAGUUUGCUUGCUUUCAUAUCUCAGUCCACCCACUUUGCUGCUAGUUCCUUCAGUUCACCAUCAGACCUCACUGCUAUCACUACUGAAUGUUGCCCUUUGAUAUUUUCUUGGUGCCAAGGGUUUUUACAAAUUGCAUGACAAUUAUUGCUGCUCCGUUGGUGCCGUAAAGGUUUCUAAUUUCUCCCUCAGUACAUUUGGGUGACUGAUUCAUAUUAGGGAAACUAAAUCAGUCACGAACCAAGGGCUCAGUGUCACUCCAAAUCAGUGUUCAAAUAGGAAGAGUGAGGAGGAGAAGGUAUAGAGGCCCUUAAUUUAAUGCAAAGGUCCCACCUCCUACUCCCUACAAUUUUAACCAAAUUGUGGCUCCACUGUAGUCUUCUUAAAACAUGCUACGAAAGCCAGGCCUGUUCUGCUCUAUGAUUCAAGCACCAAUCUCAACCUUUUAGAUGAUCUCUGCCUAAGCAUCAACAGACACACAUUUCAGCAGCAGAGAACAAAACAAAUAACUUUUCAUCAGUUUAGUCCUCAGCACCUUUCUCGGCAGGAUCACUCUACAUUGAGACUGAGCCUUAUGUAUUGUGUCAGACCAGCAAUAGGUGAAUUGCAGACCUCGUAGCUGGCCCUGAAACCUUAUGCUGCUUUAAACCUGCUGAAACAGGUUUGUUUAUUAAUCAAAUGAAGUUUAUUAUAAAAAAUAAAGCACAUAUAUUUGCUCGGUCAUCAAAGUUUUGUGUGUUAGCAUGGGGGUCAGGUUUCAUAAUACAUAAUACAGUAGCUACCUUUAGCUUUUUAAGGGACGCGGGUGGCACUGUGGGUUAAACCACAGAGCCUAGGACUUGCUGAUCAGAAGGUUUGUGGUUCGAAUCCCCACGAUGGGGUGAGCUCCUGUUGCUCCUGCCAACCUAGCAGUUUGAAAGCACGUCAAAGUGCAAAUAGGUACCACUCCGGCGGGAAGGUAAACAGCGUUACCAUGCGCUGCUCUGGUUCGCCAGAAGUGGCUUAGUCAUGCUGGCCACAUGACCCAGAAGCUGUACGCCGGCUCCCUCGGCCAGUAAAGCGAGAUGAGUGCCACAACCCCAGAGUCGGUCACGACUGGACCUAAUGGUCAGGGGUCCCUUUACCUUUAGCUUUUAUUGUAGGAGAAUUUCUUGUCAAGUGUCUGCAGGCUCUGAUUCUCACUUCCAUUUGAAACAAGGCUCAGUAAGAGAGCAAAGAUGGGAAUGUAGCUUCCCCAGAUUUUCCUCUCUAGUCCUCAAAUAACACCCUAAACUUGAAAGCAGAGCAGUCUGAGAAGAUUAGAAACUGCAUUCCACUUGUUUCCGAUGCUCCAUUAGAUUUUGUGGGCCAGAUCGUCCUUGCUAGCAUGCUAUAAUGAGCAGAAAUAUUUUUGCAAGUGGAAGUUGUCCCCCGCAUCAUAUGGCUGCGCAUACAGGCUUGCUUUUGAGCAGAACUCUUGACACCUCCAACACAUUUUGUGUUCGUGGUUUUGCUCCUCUGUUGCUUUGAUAGCUCUUCCCUAGACAUAAAAUGCUACCCGGUGUCACCUUUGGUGUUGUUCGGGGUCACUUCUUACAGCAAUUGAUUCAGAAAUUGCUUAAGUGCCCACGCAAUGCAUUGCCCACAAAGAGCAGCACUGCCAGAGGAAGGAAAUGGAAGCUAGCCGACCUCUGAAAGAGCCCCUUCAUCCGCAGGCUUUCCGAUUCUGUGCUCACAUCACAACAAGUGUGUGCAUUCAUGUGACUUAGGCAUGCUCCGCCAGGCACUCCCACAUACAGAGCCAAACCAUGGAACUCCCUCGAGUAAGAAGGAGGAAGAAAUGCGUCUCAGCAUGCAUCAUGUCAGCCUUCAAAUAUGCUGAGGCCACUGCACGAGGCAGGGAAUGUCAACAACAUUGCUGGAUCAAACAAUUGGGAAGAUUCUGUGAAGAAAUGCCAAGGCUGCUUUGGUCACUGUUGAGAAGCUAAAGAUUAUCUGUAGUCCCUUUGUGCCAGUAUUGAGGGCGAGCAGGGUGGGGCGGGGCGUGAUCUUUAGCCAAAUGUGCCAAGAGUGAUGAGGUGGUGCCCCCCCCCUUGGCUUACCCAACAUGUGAUGUACAGUGCUUAGUGGGAGCCAGGCUGUUGAUGCUGCUAGAUAAUGUGUAGAACGAAGUUUAUAAUGCCUACUUAGCAAUGAAACUCCCUAGUUUGCAUGCCUUAUAUUAGUGGGCUGUUGUGAAGAGCAGAUGAGGGAACUUGCAUACCUUGGAGGAAGUUUGGGUAUAAAUGAGACAACUAUUUAAGGACUCUGCUUCCUAAUGUGUAGGAGCGCCCUAUAUUUCACUUGAGACGCACAACUGACUUGUGGAAAUAUAUUUUAAAAAAUGUCUGGUAGCACCUUAGAGACCAACUAAGUUUGUUUUUGGUAAAAGCUUCUGAGUGCAUGCAUACUUCUUCAGAUGACUUCAGAUAACUCACUUGUGGUUAAUAAUGAGCUAGCUACCGUCAGGGUUUCACAAUUUCAGCUUGGGUCCAGCAGUCAUCCUACUGUUUUCUGCCAGCCAACUCUGGCAGAACUCAACAUUUUCACAGCAGAUACCAGUUUAAUCAGAAUGAGAGCAUGUGUUCUUAAUUUGGGUGUUAUCUUCUGCAUAUGAAAUCAGGUUUCUGCAAAUUGUGGCUAAACUUCCUGGAUAAUCGUUGUCCUGAGGUUAGCUCCAAAGCCCAAUCUUACCAUAAUUUUAGUGGGUUUUCCUUUGGCAGAAAUAGGAUUACACCUUAAAUGGUUUGUGAGUUGUAUUGAGAUGCAUAAUAAAUCCAGGUUUAUUUGAAAUUUAGUAGCACUGAGCUGGGUAGGGUUUAUUCUCCAGUAAGUGUACGUAGACUAGUAGUCCAAGUACCCAAGUAAAUGACUUUCCUUUUGUGUGCAAACUAAGCCAUUUUACAGUUUUUACCAAGCAGAAGUUAAAAACACUUUUUCAUUUGUUUGGUUUCCUAUAAAGCACAUGGUCUCUUAGUUUAAUUAAACCUCCAGAAAACACAUUAUGGUUUUAAGAGCGCACAGCAGCUGACAUGGUUGUGAAGUUUCUCUAAAAAGCUCUUGCAACGACCAGUUGGAUAUGUAUGGCUUUGAGGAGCUCAGUUUGGCAUCUGCAUGGGCUGAGGCAAACAGGAGCCAUAAAUGGCGUGUGAAGUGGCUCUUCCUCUACUUCAGCAAAUUGGGGGGGGGGGGAGAGAUGUGUCUGCCCAGUUCACGAAAAUCUGGGAUGGGGAUGAAAAGCAAACUCCCGUCUUGGCUGCAGAGAGCAUUCACUGCUAAGCCUCUGGCUUGCUCUGCAGGGGAAGAAAAGGCAGCACAGUAUGCUUUGCAUGUCACUUGUGUCUUUGUCUAAUGGGUCCAGCAGGCCCCUUUGCUUGCCAGCAAAUCUCUGUCUGCCCAUUUACUGCCUGAAUCUAUGCUUCUUUACUCAACAGCAUGUCCUCCCGAGUUCAGUGGAGCUUCCUCUUCAGCAAGCUUGCAUGCUGCCGCAGCCUAGACAUCCAAAUUAGCAGCUAUGGUUACAUCUGCAAAGCUUUGUCCUGAGCAGCCUUGGAGCACCAUAUUUUUAAGCUGUGUGUGUGUGUGUGUGUGUGUGUGUGAGAGAGAGAGAGAGAGAGAGAGAGAGAGAGAGAGCGCAUUCACUGCUCUUGGGAGUUUGCAAAAGCAGUCCUUUCUCUUAGUUUCAGGCAGCAAAUUGUUUAUACAGUAAUUACCACACUUAAUUUCCUCCCCCAGGUAGCUUAUACAGUCAUACCUCGGGGUAUAGACCCUUCAGGUUGCCUUUUGUUUUUGUUUUUAGUUGCAGACCACCGAAACCCAGAAGUACCAGAACGGGUUACUUCUGGGUUUCAGCAGUCGUGCAUGCGCAGAAGCGCUAAAUUGCGCUUUGUGCAUGAGCAGAUGCACCAAAUUGCAACCCGCGCAGGUGUGCCGCUGCGGGUUGCGGAGGCAGUGGGUUGCGGAUGUGCAUCCCGCACGGAUCACAUUCACAACCUGAGCGUCCACUGUAAAAGAAAACCAUGAAUAUAGCAAUAAAUAAGAAGACUAAAGAGUGAAACACAAAAGCAUUAAAAAGAAGAUAGUAGAAAACAUUACAAAUCACUUAUAAAGUGGAUGCUGAAAACUCCAUUUUUAAAUUCCAUCAAAAUGCUAAGAAAGAGAAAGCUUAGUGGUGGGUUAGGGGGGCAGGGAGAGAAUCGCUACACAUCAGCAACACCCAACUCCCUGAAGGUUGGGAGAAUCGUGCCUCACACAUAUUUCUACUUUCUCUGCCCCUUCUUUCUAGAAGGUCGGCUUCUGUGGGAAUUGAGUGAGCUUUUUAAAAAUUGAGAGCCAAGUAUGAUUUUUGUAAUUUGUUAUUCCCGGCUUCAUGAGAUUCCCUGGAGCCAGGGGAUGAUGAUAGCUCCAUUUUCUGAUCUGAUCCUCGAACAAACAAUUUAACAAGCUAAACAGGCCAUUAGGCCUGCUUGAAAGGAAUCCUCUUGCCCUAGGUCUGCUUGUUUUGCUUAUCUGGCAAGUCUCAGAAAAGCCCUUAGGUGCAGACUGAAUUGGCAGGCAAAUCUCCCUGCAGUCCUCUACUCCCUCUACUGGGACUCAGCUAUUCCUGUGCAUUUGCUGCUAAAGCACUUUAGAGGCCUCCUGAACAGGACAUUUUGUGAAGGGGAGGGAAGACGCCCACCCCUACCUUUGCAUGCUUCACCGGAAGCUGGGGUGGUAGAGGGAACUUGCCAGAGCAAAGGGGAACACAAGCUCCCUCUGUCAAUGUGCCAGUGCAGUUUAUAUUCAGCUGAAGCAAAAAGACCUGGAUGCCUUACUCAACCUGCCUCCAAGUAUACUUAUAUUGCAUGCCUAUUGUUGGUUUUGCUUUCUGCAAUUUGUUUUAAAGGUAAAGGGACCCCUGACCAUUAGGUCCAGUCAUGGCCGACUCUGGGGUUGCAGUGCUCAUCUUGCUUUAUUGGCCGAGGGCAGCAAGGGAAAUAAAAGUAGUGGUGAAGACCAAAGAAACAUGCCAGAUUAGUGGAUGUGCAUGCCUCCUGCCCCUCUAACUGGGCAGGCUAGAGCCCACAUGGCUGUUCCAUUUGUGGAUUAUUGUAAAGUGCAACAGCUUUUAACCACCAUGGGUGACUUCCCUCACAUUUAAUGGCUGGCGGCAAUUCUUUACCUGGGUUAAUGAACGCAAGUAAAAUGCAUAAUUCCAGAUUAAAGUGGAGUGCAGAUGUAAAAAUUUAAGAGUAUAGAUGUUUCUGCUGCAGGGUGCCUUGGCAGCAGAAGCAAUGGUGUCUGAGCCAGAAUUCAGGGGAUCAGGUGGCAGAACCUCCAUGGCUGAGUACCUGCCCUUUUCACUGACUAGCAGGACAUAAUAAAUGCAGGUUUCUAAAAUCGGCUUUCUUGGUGCAAAUUGCAAGGCGUUCACUGAGAAUGUGCAUGCCUCUGCUAACUCUACUACCCUCUUGCAUGUAUUAAAAGUGCACUAUGCCAAGGGAUAUAAAUUUGUGUCUUACGGUACUCUGCUCCUGCAAAUUCGAAACACAAAGCAAGCCUCUGCAAAAACAAAACAAACGAGCAAAAACCCCACCUUUCCUGUCAUCCAGUCUAAUAAAUGAAGCGCUAUAAUCAUAUCGCAGCUCAUGCCAAACCGCUACAGAUGAGCCCAACUUGUCGCACUCUUUGUUCCCCACACUUGUCAAAGUGCUAAGCAAGAGGCAUCCUUACGGCCCAUCAUUAAAGUGGGCUAUAAUUUUCUUUAAUAGCAGAGCUCUAUCAUGCACACGGGGCUUGCUGCAAGAGCCUUCCCGCUGCUGGGGGAAUCUGUGAAUUUUGGUGCUGUCUUCCCACGCUGCUGGUGCUUUUGUUCAUUCUUGUGAAGACUUGGUUUUCCCAGCUGUGUGUAUUCUUAAGAUGGGCAUGAACAGGAUUUGACCCAUCUGUGGAUCCUGUGGCUGCAACAGGGGAAGGUAAAUCUAGAGGUCUUUUGCAUACUCACUCAUUUAGAGGUUUUUGCAUAUGCUAUUUAUAUACCACCCUUAUGUUGAACAUUUUCAACUGAACAUUACAAGAGUGGUUCAUCCAAGGGGUUGAAGGAGACCAGUGUUUCAUGCAGGAUUCAUUCCAAAAUGAAACUGGUUCCAUGAAUGCUUCCAAAGAACCUUGGAAAUGGUUCUUUAUGGAGGGAUCCGAUUUAUGAAAUUUCAGACUUUCAUAGAUGUACGUACUUGAAAGCCAUUUGGUUCUCUCAAGGCUUCUCCUCCAGCUUCACCUUUCCUGUAAAUCAGGGCUGGGAACCUAUGGCCUGUCAGAUGUUGUUGGACUACCAAGCUCCAUCAGUCCCAGCCCGCAUGGCCAGCAACUAUAGAAAUUGUGCUCUAACAUAAAUACCAUUAAUAGCAACAUCUGGAGGGCCCCAGAUUCCAUGUCCCAGCUAUAAAUGUUGCUCCUUUCACUUUCCAGGGAUGCUUACUUGUUUUGUGUUUUCUCUCCUCCGCUCAAGGCAGCCUCGUAGAACCAGUGUUUGACUAUGUAGUGACCCACCCCAGCUUAUUUGUCCUGGCAAAGUUAUUAGUAUUAUCCUACUUGAUGAGAGUCCUGUUCCUCUGUGCCUUCUUAGCUGUGAACCAGUUCCAUAUCCAAUAGAAUAAGCUUGCAGAUAUUCUGAGCAUUGAUGUUAGUAAUGGUUGCCCUUUUUUUCUUUCUCUCUCUCUUCUGCUCUCAUGUAUUUUUUUUUACCUCCCCCCCCAACUCAUGAUAUGAUAUUGUCAACUGAUAUAAUGAAAGCAUAUUAUGGAGGCCAGAUCAUAAGAGUGAGUUUUUUUUCCUACUAGUGUCUGUAGCUCUGUCUUUCUGUGUGCAUGUCUGAGAACGUAGCUAUGCAUUCCGCUCCUCUUCUUCCACUCUCAGUUCGGUGAAACCAUAACCCCAUUCAAUGAUGUCUUACUAGUUUUGGAGAACCCAUCACUUCCCCUCCCUGCAUCAUCUCAUCUCAUUCAAAGUGGUGUCCAUUUUCAGCGGAGUAAUGCUACACUCAAGUCUGCUCUGGGCUAGGGGCAAAAACCCGAGAGUUCUGUGCCAAAGCCGCAGCUUCCAUAUUGUGGCUGGGGACAAGUCCAUAUAAGCCGAUUCUAAGGGCGUAUUCUUCACCUGAUGCAUUUAGUUGCUGGGGCAAAACUUUGUGUUAAUUUCUUCCUGCUUUCUGCUGUGGAUGGAUACGUGUGGGAGGGGGCGGGUAGCUGUGGCUGCAAAGAGCACAAUUUGAGAUAUGCUAAGUCUAAAAACAAUUGCAGUAUUUAAACAAUUGCUGUGUCACCAGACACAAUCAGAUGGGUUUCAAUGCUUGCUGUAGCAAGAGCACCCGGCUCCCAGUCUUUGCUCAGUCACUGGGAUUUCGCAGCCAGGUUGGUUAACAAAUUCAGCUCUUAAGCCUUUUCCGCCAGUUUUGCUCUGAAAAGGAACCUGCAAUUCUAAGCAUCCUGGAUUGUAUAGGGAAAUACAACUGUUCCUCCCUACUGCUCUUGUAUACUUAAAUAUAGUAUCUUCUUCCUCUCUUAAUCCUUUCUCAGAAGUGCUUCAAUGCUUCUUGCUUACACUCUAAAAUGGCUACUCUUUGGAGACUUUUAGUGAGCCCACCCUGUGACUAUAUGGUCUGCUAUUAAGUCAGGCCACUGAACUAUCUAGCUCAGUAUUGUCUACUUAGAGUGUUCAGGGUCUUGGGCAGAGAUCUUUCCAAGCCCUCUUAUCCGGAGAUGCCAGGGACUGCAUCUGGGACCUUCUACAUGGAAAGGAUGUGCUCUAUAUCAGUGAGUUCAGGGAGCACCUCUAAAUUCUCUAGUGCACAGGUGGGAAACCUAUGGCUCUCCAGGUGCUGCUGGAUUACAGCUCCCAUCAUCCCCAAUGGCCAUGCUGGCUGGGGCUGCUAUGAGCUGAAUUCCAACAAGAUUAGGAGAGCUGCUGGUUACCCACCCCUGGUCAAAUGACGCGGAAUGGGUUAAGGAUGGCCAGCUGGGAAACUCUUUAGCAAAACUUGAAAAGGUUCACCCUUCCAUCUUACUCCCUUCUAUUUUCCUUUUCUCUUGCUUUGCUACAGAGGUUGAAGGAUCUCAAGCAAAGGGAGUUUGCUCGCAAUGUUUCCUCGAGAUCCCGGAAAGAUGAGAGGAAGCAGGAGAAAGCCCUCCGUCGUCUCCACGAGUUGGCUGAGCAGAGGAAGCAACCUGAAUGGUAAGUGAAUGGGCUCCUUGUGCCAGCAAGUUAGUUAAGUUAAACAUACAGUUGACUUCCCCUUUUAUUCAGGCUGUUUUAAAUGGACUGGAUAGCAAGAAGUUGUUCUUCAGAUUUUUGUAAAACAUAAUUUAUUCUCUCUCCCCCCCCCCCAAAUGAGGAAUGCUUAGCUCAUCAGUGGCCAGUCUGCAAAUUCAAUUCCUCAUUCCCCGUCUUCACCAGGAACAGAUUUUGGAAGGGCAGUGUAUGUGUCAUGUGAGUGGAGGGAGACAGAUUUAAUUGAACUAACUGCUCUAAUGAACAGGAUCUGAGUUGGGAAAAGCAUCAGGCCUGAAAUGGAUGAGGCAGCCCUUACUUGUGUGCAUCAGAACCUUGCGAUGCUUUGUCUUGAUUCUUCUAUAUAACCAGGAAGGCUUGAAUCUUAAGGCACCUUUUUUAAAAAAAAAAAUCACAAAUAAUUGAAUUCUGUCAAGGGUGUGCUGGUUGGAGCACAUGAAUUAUUCCGCAUACAAUACAGUGGAAGUGUAGAUUAAAACUUUGUUCCUGGACAUACCGUUAGCUUUCAAAGCAAUUCCAGGAAAUUAGUGAGAGGUUGAAUAGGCAUGGGUAAGAGAUAAAGGUGAAGAUGUUAAUGUUAAGCAGUAUCUAACUAUUGUUUCUCCCUCCCCUUUACCCCUGUCCCAUUUCAAUCCCCCAGUGCUCCAGGAAGCGGGCCGAUGUUUAGAACCACUACUGUGGCAGUAGAUGAGGAAGGAGGAGAGGAUGACGUCGAUUCAGCAGCUCCCAGCAGUUGCUGCUCUUUUUCACCAGCUCCUGGGCCAGUUGCCAGUAUGACCACAGACAAGGGUCUUGUUUGUGCCACUGGGCAAACUAGUAGCAACAUCGGGCUUGGGCAGGUGCCUGUCCAGGUACCGCAAGCCAUCAGCUCAGGGGUUAACCCUCUGAAGAUAGGCGUGUCUUUCUCAUUUGCCAAAAAAGCCCCAGUGAAACUAGAGUCAAUUGCCUCCGUCUUCAAAGACCACGUUGAUGAGUCCAGUUCUCCCGAUGAAGAAGUCAAAGCGGAUGAGAAAGCCCAGCCCGAUCCUGGAGCCUUGGGGAAAUUUGGGGAGGUCGAGGGGACAAACAGCCCUGACAGCAAAGGCGACGAAGAGGAGCAAGCGCAUGAGAAGGAAGGUCUAAACACCACCCUGUCGAAGCUGAAAAAGAUGAAGCGAGACGACGGCCCAAUGGCACUAGAGCCAGAGUAUUACCACUACAUCCCGCCUGCUCACUGCAAGGUGAAGCCGAACUUCCAGUUCCUGCUGUUUAUGAAGGCCACAGAGCAAGUCGAAGCAGAAGCCAUGAGCAAGAAAAUGGCUCGCGAAAGGAAGCGGAGCAACUCCCCAAAACCCAAAGCAGCAAAGAAUGGUGAGAAGGUGACGGCAGUAGAGUGUGCCACCCACCAGAAGGAACCGAGUCCUUCCAGCAAAGGCAGCAAAACUGAAGUUAAAGACCCUCCAGAAGAGGCAGGCGGGCAGGAAGGCAAGCCACUUAAGGGAAGCGGUUCUGCGGAGUCCGAGGUCGCCAAAGAGCUUCCUCAGCUUGCGUCAACCAGUAAAGAAGGCACAGACGGGCCUAAGCAUUUGACAGGACCUUUCUUCCCAGUGCUCAGUAAAGACGAGAGCACCACCCUCCAGUGGCCUUCAGAACUGCUGAUCUUCACCAAAGCAGAGCCCUCUGUGUCGUACAGCUGCAAUCCCUUGUAUUUUGACUUUAAGCUGUCUCGCAACAAAGACAUUAAAGCGAAAGGGGCAGAGAAACAGAAAGCUGCAAGCAGCCUUCCCAAGGAGAAAGCACCAUCUGCUGAAGAGGGCAGCAUGAGCAAGAGCAAAGAGGUGGGCACUCCUGCAGGCACCUCCACAGCAGUGCCGGAGAGCAAGUCCCUGUCUGUCUGCAGCAAGCAGGAGUCCAAUCCUGUGUCAGCUGGCAAGGGCGAGGGGCCAGAAGACAGCAGCAAAGGCGGCCUUGUUGGCCGCAAGGACAAAGUGGGGAAAUCCCACAAGCACAAGAAGAAGAAGAAGCACAAGAAGUCCACGAAACACAAACGCAGGCGCAAAGGCGAGGCAGAAGACAAAAGCAGGGAUGGGGACCUGGCAGAAGAGAAAUCCAAGAAGCGGAAGAAACACAAACACAAAAAGAGCAAGCCGUCCUUUGCCACGGAGCUGGAGCGGACACAAGGGGCCGACGAAACUGGCCACCUCAAGAAAAGAAAGUGGUGCGCUCAAGACUCUCAGCGGAAGUCUCUUUCCACCGAAGAAAGCGGCAACAAGAAAGAGGACGGUGGCACCUCUUCCCAAGAUCACGGUGGCAAAAAACCCAAAGGGGACCCGCAGCAGGCUUCAUCCACCGCCAAGAGGCGGGCCUCCACCUCCGCCCACUCGGGCCAUAGAGGCCGGCAGAGCAGCGGUGGCUACGAGAGCGACGAGGACUCCUGCCACAAGCACUUCCGGCAGAAGUCUGCUUCGCAAUACAGCGACGAUUACGACUCUGGCAGCAACUGUUCCCGAAGCCGCUCCCGGUCAGGGCGUCGGCAUUCCUCCCGAAGGUCAUCCCAGAGGUCCUACUCAACGAGUUCGUAUGCCUCCUCGGACAACAGCCGGUACAGCCGGCGGCGCAGCUACUCGGAAGACAGCUACAGUGACUACAGCGACCGCUCCCGGAGCCGCACCAAGCGCUCCCACGACUCGGAGGACGAUUCUGACUACGCCAGUUCCAAGCGCAGGUCGAAACGGCACAAAUACUCUUCUUCGGAAGACGACUACAGCCUGAGCAGGAGCAGAUCCCGGAGCCGCAGCCGAACCCACACCAGGGGGAGGUCGAGGACGAGAAGCCGGGGCAGGACGCGCAGCAGCAGCUGUAGCCACAGCCGGGGUAAGCGGCGGAGCCGCAGCCGGACCGGGCACAGCUGGAAACGGAGCAGGAGCUACAGCCGGGAGCGCAGCCGGAGUGCCAGGAGCCUGUCCCAGCGGUCUCUCUCCAGGAAGGGGUCCCGUGGCCACGAAAGCCCUGGGGAGAGGAGAUCUGCACGGCGAGACUUUAUCCGCUCAAAGAUCUACCGCUCCCAGUCCCCCCACUACUUCAGAGGCAGACCAGGGGAAGGGCCCGCGAGGAAGGAGGAAGCGAGAGGCGAUGAAGCGACAGGGACCACCACCAGCCUCUCCCAAAACAGCGGCAACUCCAGCCUGGGGAGCAACUGCAGCUCUGAGGAGAAGAACUCCGCCACAGCUAAGCUCCUCCUGGAAAAAGUUCAGUCCAGGAAGGUGGAGAAGAAGCCCAGCGGCAGCGAGGACUCCCCCUCAGGGCCUCACAAGGUUGGGAUCAAGCUGAAAGAUCCUCCGCAAGGCUACUUUGGCCCUAAGCUCCCUCCCUCCCUAGGCAACAAGCCAGUCCUUCCCUUGAUCGGGAAGCUGCCCACAGUCCGAAAGCCAAACGCCAAGCAGUGUGAGGAGUCUGGGUUAGGAUUGGGGACUGGGGAGGAGCUGGAGCUGUCUGAGCUCGACGAAACCCCCCACGAUGGCGGGGAGGCAGCUGCAGCAAGCCAACCCACAGUGGACGAAACCCUGGUGAUAGAGACCCAGGAGAGCCUUCUGGGAGAUCAGAAGCCAGAAGAAGCGGGCGUGGAGAUGGCUCCCUUGCCCCUGGAGCCGCCAGCCCUCCCGGAACACUUUGGAUCCGGCGACCUGCCCGUGCCGCACCCGUUCCCUGCCCCCGCGGAAAGCGAAGCUGCCGAGCCUCUGGACGGCAGCGCCCAGCCCGUCUCCCUCGAAGGCAGGAUGGUGCCCCUGGCCCCCGAAGUGGAGCCCUUCCCCAGCUACGUCCCACACAGCGCGGAGCCGAGCAUCAGCGGGGAGCCGGAAGGCAGCGAAGACUCUUCCCUGGCGCCCCUGGAAAGCCAGCCCAUCACCUUCACCCCGGAGGAGAUGGAGAAGUACAGCAAGCUCCAGCAGGCCGCCCAGCAGCACAUUCAGCAGCAGCUCCUGGCCAAGCAGGUCAAGGCAUUCCCAGCCUCGGCCGCCCUGGCUCCAGCCACGGCUCCUGCCUUGCAGCCCAUCCACAUCCAGCAGCCAGCCGCAGCCGCAGCCACCUCCAUCACCACCGUGCAGCACGCCAUUCUGCAGCAUCACGCUGCCGCCGCGGCCGCAGCCAUUGGCAUCCACCCCCACCCUCACCCCCAACCUCUUGCUCAAGUGCACCAUAUCCCUCAGCCCCACUUGACCCCCAUCUCCUUGUCCCACCUGACCCACUCCAUCAUCCCUGGGCACCCCGCCACCUUCCUGGCCAGCCACCCCAUCCAUAUCAUCCCCGCUUCUGCCAUCCACCCGGGUCCUUUCACUUUCCACCCCGUCCACCACGCUGCCCUCUACCCGACCCUCCUGGCACCCCGGCCAGCGACAGCGGCUGCCACGGCGUUGCACCUCCACCCUCUCCUGCACCCCAUUUUCUCAGGACAGGAUUUGCAGCACCCUCCCAGCCACGGCACAUGAAAGAACGAGAGAGGCAGCCUCUAUUGGGGAGGGGAGGGUUAGGGGAAAGAGAGGACAGGGGCAUGUCUGUCUGUCUCUGUGCGUGUGCAUCAGUCUCUCGUUCUCGGGAAGGCAGUGGCGGCUGUCUCUGGACCUGAGAACAGCCCAAGAAGGGGGAGGAUUGGGCAGAGGCAGGGAGGCUCGAGGGAACAGGCCUGUGAAAGAUGGGAGAGCUGUGCUGCUGGUGGUUUGCUUGUAAGGAUAUUCAAGGGCUCGUGCUCCCAGGGAGAUGGCUUCUUCAGGGAUGUGCAGUCCUUUAGCAAAUGCAGCCCUUUUUAAUUUCCAGUUCACGUAUUAUAAAUCAUUUACUACCCACUCUGAAGACCUAAAGUGGGUACACACAUCUAUCUUAUUUGGGCAUUGAUAUCAAGUAUAAAGCGUGAAAGUUAGUGAUUUGAAUCCACCUUAAAGCUUAAGCCGAGCAACAGAACCAAGAAAUACUCAGCACUUGAUCCAUCUCCGCUGUUGCCCUCUCCCCUCUCUCCAGCUCCUAUUCGGGGAACCAUGUUCAGCAGCCCCCACUGAGCACCACAAACUGGGAAGUUGCUUUUCAAUGACCAGUUUCCACCCCCAGACCAGCUUGGCAGUGCUCUCCUUUCUACACACCCUUUACGGCGCUGCUGAGAGAGCAGAGAGCAAUUCCUUGAUCAGUCCUUGAAGCAAUAUGUUGUACUGGAGUCCUGUGAACAUCCUGAACAUGACUCUGUAACUUGUACUCUUUUCCUCUGUAAUAUUGAUGGUUCCUUAUUAACUUAUGAUUUUUUUUUUCAGAAGAAGAAAAAAAAAGAAUUUAAGAAAUUGCACUGAACUCUGUACAUGUCAAUGCUGCUUUUUGUAGCUCCUCUGACAAAUGUUCCAUAUUGAUAGUAUACCGCAAUAACAUUUUUUACAGCCCGUUCUUUGAGUGGUACUCGUUCAGGUGGCUUUAGUUAUCUAUACAUUUUAACGUAGUUGGAAAGGAAAUUCUUGUCAAAGGUUCAAUGCUUCUAGUUAUGGCUAGGGCACAAAAUGAUUUCAAGCAUGUAUAUUUUAAUUGAGCUCAUUUUUUUUAAAUGUACCAUAAAAAAAGACUUUCAUUUUAUAGGAGAAAAUGUCACAGGGUUCGGAAAUAAGCAAAGGAGCAGUGAUCUGGACUCCUUUGUCCCAUAGCUAUCAAAGUCCAUCCUGUGUAAUGACAUCCCUGGUAAUUUCUGUGAAAAGGCAGGUUUGUGAGGCAGCUGAGGUGUCAUUCACUGUGUGCUUCAGUCGGUAGCCAGGCCCCUUAAGUUUGAGAGGAACAGUCCAUUCGUUUGGCAAAGCAAACAGUCGCUUUCUGGUCACAGAAAUAGACGGGACCCACAAAAAACAACAACACCUGAGAGCCCAGCUAUUUUCCCUGGGAUUCAACCACUUGUUUUGAGUCAUUGCAACAACAACAUAGCUUCUAGGUGUGGAUGGGUGUGUGUGCGUGUGUUAAGGCUCCUUGUUUUCAAAUAUGUGCCUUUUUUAUGUUUUGGAGAGGUUUUGAGUGGUGUUUUUUCGUUCCGAAUCCCUCCCCCCCCCCCCCGGGUUUUCUUUUAUGGGAUGCCCUUUCCUCACAGCUGCCCCUUGCAAAGUCAUCACCCAGUUGCCGCUCCCCAGGUUGCAGCCCCAAAGUGAACUAGGAAGCGGGGGCUCCCGGAAUCUCAAGGUUCUUUUGCUGAGUGCAAAAGGAGGCCGAGAUCCUGCAAAGCAGCGGCUGUUUUGGGACACGUGUCCAGACCCAAAGGGCGCGCUACUUGCUGGUAUAUCCUGAGGUGCGGCCUCCAUUUUCAGAAAUAACCACUGCUGGCUGCUGCCCUGAAAUGGCAAGACUAUGGACUGCUUUUAAGCUUCCUUACCCUUGGCUACAACAAGACAAGCACUGGAAACUGCUGCUGUGACAAAGGGACUCGGUUCUUGGUAGUGGCUGUAGAUAAUUCAAGAAGUAACAGUAUUAAUUUCUCAGUGCUUCAUUCCCUUGAGGUUCAGACGGGAGGCGCAGCGCCCCAGCAGGGAGGAGGAGACUGGACUUCCACAAGAGUGCUUACCACAAAAGAGAACGCACUAUUACUUCAGUAUCGGCAGGCUAUAUUUAACUUUUGUCACAUAAAAAGUAUAUAUAUAAAUAUAUAUACAUGCUGUAAAAAUGAGGAAAAUAAACUUUCUAAUAAACUAGUAAUUUGGGGGAAA